AUGGAGGGCGAUGAGGUCAUGGCGCCCCCAGCAGACCCCUCUCCGCCCAAUGAGAACGUGAAACCCAAAAAAAGAAACGGUCCUAGAAGGAAAGCUUCCGUCAGCAGCUUGGCGGGGCCGACCACCCCGGAGGGAGGCAGCUCCAGCAGGUACGGACUGACACACAGUGUAAUGGGGGUGGGGGACAUGCUGGGGGUGAUAUGCCAGUCACUGAGUCACUGACUGACUGAACCAGAUUAGCUGGACAUCGAGCUGAGCUGAGCUGAGCUGAGCAUGUCCUGUUACUCUGUGUUAUGAUAUAGUAAUGAUGUGAUGGCUGAGAUUUGUUGUCCUGGUUGGAUUAAUCCUCUGUAAUAGCUCCAUGGAUGAUCUGGCUGGCUGAGCAUUGUGGGCAAGGAGGGUGGAGUAGCAGAUCAAAGCAAUCACUGCACUCUCAGUAAGGAAGCAGGCUGAGCAUCAUGGGUAAUGUGGUCCACAGCAGAUAAUGCCCAGCAGACAGCCAUCACUGCUUUACAGUGACCUGUAGGUUGGCAGUUUAUAGCAUUUAUUCCAGGAUUAUCCCUGGCUCCAUGUAUAAGCAAGCCUUCUCUGCUCAGUGACAGGCAGGACCCAGUGCUUCCAGUGACAUGGGAUGGGUAGUCAGACACUGGGUUGUUGCUUUUAUUUGUGUUGUGUGUAAAAACCCACAAAGUGCAAUGUAGAUCUAAGUGGGAGAAAAAAAAAGCAUUUCAGUUUUGUACAGCAGAAUUGGCCCAAGUAUGCCUCAUUCAUGAACUGUUAGGAUGCAAAUGACCUAUGACAAUUUACAGUUACAAGCUUGAGUAUGAUUUGGUUUGUGUGUGUGUGUGUGUGUGUGUGUGGUUUUUCUUGUGUCAACAUUUCAGGUUACCUUUUUAUAUUUUAAAGGACCACUCUAGGCACCCAGACCACUUCAGCUUAAUGAAGUGGUCUGGGUGCCAGGUCCUUCUAGGGUUAACCCAUUUUUUUAUAAACAUAGCAGUUUCAGAGAAACUGCUAUGCUUAUGAAUGGGUUAAGCCUUCCCCCUAAUCCUCUAGUGGCUGUCUCAUUGACAGCCACUAGAGGCGCUUGCGUGCUUCUCACUGUGAUUUUCACAGUGAGAGCACGCAAGCGUCCAUAGGAAAGCAUUGUAAAUGCUUUCCUAUGCGACGGGCUGAAUGCGCGCGCAGCUCUUGCCGCGCGUGCGCAUUCAGCCCAGGAGGAGGAGGAGAGGAGGCAGAGAGCUCCCCGCCCGGCGCUGGAAAAAGGUAAGUUUUAACCCCUUUACUCUCCCCAGAGCCGGGCGGGAGGGGGACCCUGAGGGUGGGGGCACCCUCAGGGCACUAUAGUGCCAGGAAAACGAGUAUGUUUUCCUGGCACUAUAGUGGUCCUUUAAGGGUUCUAGGCUUAAAGGGACAGUCCACCGCCCAAAUAAUAAACACAAUCUCUAUUUUGGAUACAAAAGAUCGAGGUUGGUGCACACAAUGGAUAACUUUGCAACAAUCUGUAAAUAAAUAUAACAGAACCUUCAUAGGGCAACAUAUAUAAGAAAAUAAUCAAAUAAGUGUAACUGUAAACACUCACAAUUUUGAGCCAUAUAAGUCGUCCCUCUACUGUAGUAGCAUGUAAGUAAUUCCAAUACGACAAAUAGCUGCAAUGAUGGUGGUCCCCCCCCCAGGAAAAAGCUUCAACUUCACCUGGAUAGAAGUUCAGGAACCAAGGAUAGCUAAAAUAGCUCUUUAUUAAAUGAAGGUAAACAUAAAAAGUACUAGCACAACGCGUUUCGACCAACACACUGGUCUUCCCAGGUGCAAUAAAAUCAAAUGAAAAUAACAGGUUUAAAUACCUUGCAAACAGAGUGAAAAUACAAAACACAUGCAAAUAAUUACAGAAACCCUUCCCAACAUGUCCAUAUAUGGUAGUUACGUUUGUACCAUUCCUCCUCCAGUAUGGUGGAUAUGUGAUAUGUCCUCACUGAUAUCCAUAGGGAACCGACCUCUUCAUAAUGGCCGCACGGACAGGACGCCGGUAGCAAUCACGUGACUUCCGUCAUUACAACGGAACGUCACUUCCGGUUUGCGUCAUAACAUCACUGCCGGUUAGCGGUCGUUCGGGAAAGGGAAGGGACGGUACACCCUCACCAUAGUUUAGUUUCAAUCAGGAGAGCGUAGUUAAUAUGUCCUAAUUGGUCCGAAAAGCUCAUAAUCCGCCAUAUUGCAGGCUUGGUGCCCCCAUCUUGUCCAAUCUGCUCAUCCACCUUCCAUACCACCAAUUUGUGCCCCUCAGAAGCCGAUCCCUCCUUAUACUCAAACCACCCAGUUGGGUCCAACAAGCCUCACCAGCGCGGCUUAAGACAAGCUCGGACGACGCAUUGUUUACCUUGGCAAAGCACAAGUCUGCAAUAAUUUUAAUGCAGGAGUGUGCAGUUUCAGUGCCUGCAGAUUACUGCACAUGUGCUCCAUAUGCUUUAGGGCUCAUGCUAAAUCCCAAAACAAUGACUAACUGAGGUGAAACAUAGGGAAUUUGGCAUUCUACUUGAAGUCUCAUCCAUCCCUUCACUUGGUGGAAUACGUAAUUCACAGGGUUUCCAUACUGGGCUAGUGUCACUCUCCGUAGGUACUUUAGAAUGUCCUAACCUCCUAUCUGCGGUACACGAACCACAAACAGUGGAUGAUCUUAUUGGGAAGGAAGUUCAAAAGGGUUUCAUGAUGGGCCCCUUUUCCUCCUGGCGCACAAAUCCGAUUGGAAUAGCUACUAGUAAAUACUCUAAUAAAAAAAAAAAAACUCUUAUCAUUGAUCUGUCGUCUACAAACCAAAGCCUAAACUCCCUCAUACUGUCCACUGAGUUCUCUCUACACUAUACCACCGUGGAUAAUACUAUACAGGCAAUCUUGAAAGCUGGUAAAGCGGCAUGGCUCAGCAAGCCCGAUAUCACCAAUUCUUUCAAGUUGCUACCUAUCCAUCCCUCUUUAUGGCAUGUUCAUUGGGUUAAGUGGAGAGAGAAAGAUUACUUCUCUACCAGAUUAGUUUUUGGGGCAAAAGGUAACCCCAAAAUCUUUGACACGUUUGCCGAGACUCUCUGCUGGCAUCAACAUCACUAGGUGCCCGACGGAGAUACACUAUCUCUAGAUGACUUUUAAUGGUGGAAAGUAGCAAUAGCACUCCUCUAAGUCUAAAGAGCACUACAGCACUAUUUGCAAAUCUAGGUGUUCCACUGUCACAAGACAAAACCACUGAACCCACCACCAGACUUAAUUUUCUAGGUAUCACACUGGAUUCAAAUACCAUGCAGUCAAGUUUCCCCGAGGAUAAACUCCUACGCAUUCGUGAAGAUGUGAACCGGUUCCUACAACCAGGAACUUGCACACGGAAGGACCUACAAUCUUUGUUAGGUUCAUUAAACUUUGCCAUGCACAUUAUUCCCCAGGGGAGAUCAUUUAUUUCUAGACUGCUACGCUUAUUACCAGGUCUGCCAGACGGCAAUAAUGGUCAUUUAGAUUCUCCGGCAAAGGCAGAUCUGGUCAUGUGGCAAGAGUUCCUUGAACACUGGAAUGGGAUUUCAUUUUUCGUUCCCCCGGUAUCCGACCAAUUCCCCGUCUUUUGGACAGAUGCAGCUGCAAUCUACAAAAAUCACUGGUUAAGAGAUUACUGGCUGAAAGAGACACUCAAUCUACCUUCCUUUCGCGAGACGUCUGCAUUAUUUGAAAUUUACCCAAUAGUAGCGGCUGCGUUCACAUAGGGUAAAUCCUGGUCGGGCAUGACAGUCAAAUGUUAUACGGACAACAUGGCAGCUAUUGACAUAAGGGUUGACCAUCAUGAGGUUAGUUCGCAGGCUGACCUGGUUGGCUGCCACAUAUCAGUUCUUCCUCUUCUGCGAAUACAUACCAGGCUACUCCAACUCUGCUGCUGAUGCUUUUGUCCCGUUGUAAAUUUCAGGAAUUCUUCGUCGUUCACCCAGCAGCCAACAAAUACCCGACCCAACUUCGUAGUUCAACAAUUUAAUCCUGGACUAGCCUGGCUAUUGGCGCAUGGCAGGAAUUGGCACAAGUAGUCUUAUCCACAAACAAAAGAAACACAAAGAAAACAUACAAUAGGGCUAUGGUCAUUUUUCAGAAGUUCACUGUAGAAUUCAACAUACACGAUCAUUUGAUCAAACCAUAGUUGCAUUUGCUGCAUCUCAAACUUUCAUAUAACACUAUCAAACUCUAUCAGGUGUUCAACACCACAUUUUGACAACCAUGCCAAAUCAAACUCCUUUUCUUUCUGACCCUGUGAAGAAUAUAUUGAAAGGCAUAAAGAAAUUACAUCAUACUACAAAAAAAACGGUUACCGAUAGAUGAAGAGAAAUUCUGGGCUCUAUCAGACUUACUGGACACACUACCAUUUGACCCCCAUAUAAACCUGGUUAUAAAAACCUCCUAUGUACAUAGCUUUCUAUGGAUUCCUUAGACCUAGAGAAUUCACAAUAACAGCCUAGUGAGACAGUCAUUAUGUCUCCUCAUGAAAGACUUAAAGGUGAACAAUUACUAUCUUGUCACUUAGGCAUUCCAAAACUAAACAAUUAGGCCAUCAAUUAGAAGUGCCCCUCUACCCUACCGAGAAUCACUGGUGCCCUUUUAAAAUUUUAGACACUUAUCUAGUACAGGUUAGGGACAAUCCCAGCCACACUCCACUUUUUACACUGUUAGGCAUUCCCCUCAUUACUUCCAAGUUCAUGUUCUACAUCAGAACUCUGUGCAUUAGAUUAGGCUGGGACGCUACCUCUUAUUCGGGACAUUCAUUCAGAAUUGGGGCCGCAUACAUUACCAAUACACAUAAUCAAAAAGUUGGGAGGUUGGAAUCCGCAGAAUACAAUAGAUACAUAUGCAACCAGAGAUAGAGUUAAGGCGUGCGUUUAAAAAAAUCCUGUAUUAUAAUCAUGUUUGCAAUAAAAUGUUUUUUCUGCUUUUUUAUUUUUUAUUUUUUUGCCCUCUUUUUUAGAGGCCUAACCCUACGUCGGUUUUGGCACACCACACCGACUUGCUCCAAUACGCAAGGUAUUUCAACGUCCCUAUAUUAACAGACCACAAAUUAGGCAUUUAACAAUUGACUUGCAUAUGGACGUUUAAAAUACUUUUCAAUUAAUUUAUCUAUUUGGUCCAGAACAUGGACAAUUGCCUACGUAUCAACUUGUUUGUUGCAAUAGCAGUCUAUAGAUAGCAUUCUUUUUUGAGCUGGAUUUAUAAAAAUAGAAACGGUUUACAAAUGGUGAUUUUCUGUAACUUUUUAACGAGCUUGGCAACUUCAGAUGAUCUGUUUCAGACUAUGACCUAGACCUUUUUCAUGCAUAGCUCAGAGAGCUUCCGGCUUUCUCUCUGAGGUAGCAAAGGUGAAGAAUGGCACCCGACGGACUCCAUGUAAAAUGUCAAAUCAUUGAAUGCUCUGAAUUGGUUAUGAUGCUUGGAGUGGGCCUUUUAAAGGGCCACUCCACACCUAUAAAGCAGUCCAGCUUGCUGAAGUGCUUUAUGGGUGAGGAGUAUAUCAUUAAAAAGGCACUUUAUAAAAGUGCUGAUGUCUAUGAGAAAUAUGAACUAUUUUUAUUAAAUAAUGGAACACUCCCCUACCUAUUAAAUAGCCAGGGAGGUUUCUUCCUGCUUCAGCUAGCUCCUCAGAGCUAGCAAGUGGCAGGCACCUUCUACUUGAUUGCACCUGCUUCCCCCUCCACAUGCAUCUUCUCAGAUCAGACCAGCCCACAUUCUGAAUGCUGUGAACUGUGUGCACGUACACAUGGGAAGAUUGUUUCUCAAUGAGAAUCCCCUGGUUGUUUCAAGAGAUCUUGCAAAGACUGCCGUCAUAAUACCCCUAAUAAGUGAAUGCAUGUAUGUAUUUGGGUUACAUCUAGUAAAUGAUUCCACUUUUCCCCACAUGUUUUUGAUUGUGAAGUGAUCGAUCCUUUAAUAUUACUCUCGAUUCAUUCAGAAAUGCUUUUGAAGAAAACUGAAAAUUGCCCUUUGCAUGAGGGACUGAUUUGUUACUGGUGAAGGAGGAUUGAAGGGGUUAUUUCUGAUGUAGAGUUCGCUCAGUCAAUGUAAUGACUUAUCAAAAAAACUGAGUCUUGUACUCUCAUUUCUUUUAAACUCUGUUUCAAGCUAUUGUAAGACUACAUACAGACUAGGCAAAGGAGGAAUAUUUUUUUAUUUCACCUAAAGUUGCGCAAAAUGUCCUAACCCCCUUGCCUGCCAUCUUCUCUCCUCAAUGCUUGGCGGUUUCACUUGCAUAGAAUUGUCACUGUACUCUAUUCAGAAUAGUGCCUUUAAUGGAAGAUCAAGAGAACUGCAAAUUUUAUUUAUUUUUCAUGCAAGCUGCUGUAAGUUUACAAGGUUAUGUAUGAGAAAAGCACAGCUUGCAUUGUGAGUGUCCCUUUUUAGUAGUAGUAAAGACUUCAGAGAUCUUAAAAAAAUUUUUUUUUUCUUUUAAAAUAAUUUAGUUUUUUCCUGUGUCUUUGUGAAAUAUGCCCUUGUACAUGUAGGUUGAGGGGGAAGGGAGAUCUAAGUAUCUGAAACUCUUACUGGAAUGUUCGUCUUCAGCUCCUGGCCAGAGUCAUUGGUGUUCAUUCAGGAACCUGUAUAAGGUCCUGCUGGAUUCUCCAUAAAUUCCCACCCCUCCGAAUCAUAAUCCUCUAUUGCAUGUCCAGUGAAAAUAUCUGCCAUAAGUCCCUUCUGAUGAGAAAUGACUAUGUGGUAGAGGCAAGCUAUUUUGCCAAAAAAUCAGCUCUUGUGUAAGACAAAGAAGCCUUAGUAUGUCUUGUAUCUUUUAACAGCUUUGGGAUUUUAGUGUAAUUCCAAAGCAGUUUAUCACUUUUUUUUUAAUUUUUUUUAUUUUAUUUAAAUUUACCAUACUUUAAAAAUCUCAAAUAUAAAAUGCACUUUCAGUAAACUAAAGUCAGUGCAUGCUUGUUUCACUGCACUGCGUUUGUAUUCUGCUCUCAUCUUCCUGUUGACUUUGUGUAUUCCGUCCACACCUGCUUUUAUUUAUUUACCUUUUUCAGUCUAUAAUCAUCACAUAUGCUCGCAGUCUUAGAGAUCUUAGUAUAUGCAUACUUCUUUCCAAACUAACUUAUUGGUUUUAACUGCCCUACUUUUUAGGAACCAUAAUUUUAAAGUCAACACAUUGUUUAGGGUAUGGUGUAUGAAUUACCCUUAUCAGUAAGGAUUAUAAGGCGAUUUGUGAAAAUUGCUGCAACAAUGAAAUUGUCCCCUGGAUCAGUGACAUCAGUAGUGUAGCUGUGUGCAUGCUGAGCACAUAUUUCCUCUUUGCAGCUCUGAAGAGAGCUCAAGCUGUGGAGUGGUUGCUUUUGGCAUUUGCUUGACCACAGCCCUCUUCACAAACUGAACAGAACUGUGAAUAAACUGAUAACAGCUGCUACAAGCUGUUCCACUUGUCAUGUAAUGUCUUUAUUGCUCUCCUGAGCUCGGAAGAGACGUGCUUGGCACACACUUAUUUGUAGGAUCUCUCAUGAUGAAUGAAAAAGUAAUAAUAGUUUUUUCAGAGAAAUCGUAAACGUAAAGCUACUUUAUUACUUUCUCCCCUAUUAUAAGCUACUAUCCUCGAAUGAUUGAUAGACUUCCUUGAAUCAAAUUUUCUGCUCAACCUACUUCAGUUCGCAUUCCGCGCUUGUCACUCUGUCGAACUGCCCUGAUUAAAGUACCCAAUUAUUUAAUUGCUGCUAAAUCCAGUGGUCGCUGCUCUCCUAAUUCUCCUUGACCUUUCUGCUGCUCUCGACACUGACACCUUCUGUAACCUUGGUCUACAAGACUUUGCUCUUUCCUGAUUCUCCUUCUACCUCUCUCCGCGUUCUUUCAGUGGAUCUUUUUCUGACUCUUCCUAUUUUCCGCAAUUCCUCUGUGUUCCCCUAGGUUCUGUCCAUGGUCCUCUACUGUCCUCUAUCUAUACUGCUUCCCUUGGUAAGCUCAUCAACUCUUUCUGGCUUCCAAUGCGGAUGACACGCAAAUCAACCUGUCCUUUCCUGAUCUCUCGCCAUCCCUCUUGACUUGUGUCUGACAGCCUCUCUGCUCAUUUUCUUAAACUUAAAGGGACCUCCUAGUCACCAAAACAGCUGUACCUUAAUGAAGCAGUUUUGGUUUACAGAUCGUGCCCCUGCAGUUUCACUGCUCAAUACUCACUUCCAGUUAUGAGUUAAAUCACUUUGUUUACGCAGCCCUAAUCACACCUCCCUGCAUGUGACUUACUGGUCUUUCGAAACACUUCCUGUAAAGUCAUGAAUUUUGCUUUAUUGCAAAUUCUGUUAAGUUUAGAAUUUUCUUAUCUCAUGCUCUAAUGGAUUUCUGGACGAUGCAGAAGCCACCUGUAUGUCAUUACAGCUCAAUUUACAGAGCAAUAGAUAAACUUUAAAAAAUUUUUUUUUUUUUUAAUUCCUAAAAAUUACAGUGGGUUGAGCCAUGGCUCGACAAAUCCCAGGUCGCUAUGGCGACUAAAACUUUCACCCUGGUGCCUGGGAUUUGCCAGCUCUUUAAUGUGGUUACCGAGGGAACUUUGAAGGCGGCCGCCGAUGGACAGCAUGGAGCCGCCCGCCCGUGGGAGCAAAGAGGCAGUAUGCAAGAGAGCAGCCCCACUGGACCCCAGGGAAAGACCCACUCAUCUCUCCUAAAGAUAGGGAGGCUGAGAGGGGUUUCAAUUAAUACAAAAAUGUAAGUGUGAGUCUGCCUGUCAGUGAGUGUCUGUGCGCGUGUUUAGGUACCUGCUCCCUCCGAUCGCAUGAGGAAGGUGUUUUUACUCACCUUUUUUUCCCACCCCGUGCCACUUUUGCUGCGGCUGGUACCACCUCAGUGGCUGAGAUUAUCAAUCUUUAUGAUCUAAGCUAAGCCAAUGCUUUCCCUUAGGAAAGCAUUGAGAGGAUUUUGUGGAAGCACAGCAAAUGUUCCAAUCCGCAUCUCCUCAUUGAAUUGGGAUGCAUUGAAUUAAUGAAUCUCUGAGGAACAUUCAGAGCCUCCAUGCAGAGCUUGGAGACCAUGAACAUUGGUGCUGCACAUGGUGAAGCAGUGACCCAGGACACUCUAGUGGCUGUCUAAGUGACUGUCAAUAGAGAUGUUACUAAGCAGCAAUGUAAACACUGACUUUUUGCUGAAAAGGCAGUGUUUACACUGAAAAACCUGCAUGGUAUAUAGUCACCAGAACAACUACAUCAAGCUGUGGUGGUUCUGGUGACUAUAGUGUCCCUUUUAAGAAUUGCAUUUUUAUCAAUGAAAAUGACUGACUGGCUCCUAGAUUCCAAACAAUUUUGUCAAGCCCUGGAUUGAGCAGUAAAACUUCCAUAAUUAGUGGAGGCCUGCUUGGAGUGUUUUCUUAACUGUCCCAGCUUAUAUUUAAUUCAAGACAGACUUCAAAACAUCUUAUUGGACAUGCUUGAUCUAGUGGCAUCUUUAUGCUGGUUAAUAUUACAUCGUCCUCUACUAAAAAUAAAAUUAGAAGUUGCCCAAGAUGAUUAGAUUCUCAUAAAUGUUAUAAAUUGUAGCUGAGUUCUUUGUCCACUAGAUGGCGCAGAGAGACUGCAUUUAAAAGGGACAUAUGAUGAAUGUGGAAUGCUAAAACAUAUCCCAUGUAGAGUGCAAAAACAAAUUUCACCAAUUUCAAAUCAUUAGUGAUCACACUUGUUUUCACACACUUAAAUGAAGAAUACAUUUCUAUGAUUGGCUAUUUCGAGCAAUGGCAUACUUUUAGUUUGACUUAGUAGGGGCAUCUCUAACGCGUACCCUUAACUCGGUGCGCACGAACAUUAGGCAUUCCCCAUAGAAAAUCAUUGAAUUAAUGCUUUGCUAUGGGGUAUUUCAACAUGCUGGACAUCGUAUGCAAAAUGUGAGGAUGUCAAACGUCGUUUCACUGGGUCAAUCUCUGUGAAACUGCAGGGGGAGCGUCUCUAGUGGCUGUCUGGGAGACAAUGCGUUUGAAUUUGUCCCUGUAUCAGGUGAAUUGGUAUACCAUCUGUGUCUAGAAUAUCCUUUUAAUAGUAUGAAUGCCAAAAACCCUAAGGGUGCCAUGUGAAUGGGUAAGGGGAGACAAAUGUGUAAUAAUCUUUUACAUACACUUUAUGUUAAUGCUUAACACUCUGUUUUCUAGACGUUCUCUCAGAAGAGGCAGCUCAUUCACCUUUCUAACCCCUGGACCUCAAUGGGAUUUUUCACUGGUAUGUCCAAUUUGUAUUAUGUAUGUAUACACGUUGUGUAUAAACUAGUGUGUUCAAUAUGCUGUUAAAUACUUAGCAUAUUUCAUAUAUUGAUUUGGAGAGGGGCUAAAAUAUUAAAUGAUGCAAUACACGAACUACAUAUUGAGCUAACUGUGCCUCUAGGCUAGCAGAGUAUUAUUGAAGUAAUGCUUAAAAUUGGCUGGUGUGAUCAUCUGAACUAUGCAUUUAUCUGAACAAUUAAAGUAGAUUUGAAACUUGAAAUUAUUUUUCAUCCAUCUACAAAUAUCUCGCCCUCCAGCAUCCCCUUCCAAUAAUUCCUUUUUGUGUGGUGUGUCAUUUAAUUAUGUACGUAGGAAAGCAUUUGCUUGGACGAGAAGCAUCAAUAGACAGAUAACAUUGCUUGAGAAUGAUCUGUCAGCUGCACAGUAGCUGGGGGGAAAAGUAAUGAAAACCCUUUUAUUUAUGUUGAGGGGGGAGGCCUGUAUAUAUUUCUAAAGCUGUAGUGUUCCUUUAAUGGGCUUUAAUUUUGACUCCUAACUCAGUCCUUAUAUUUUACAUCCUCCCUACUUUGGUCAUUUGGUAUAAGAGAGUGCUUUUAAAUUGGGUAUUAAAGAUUUCUAAUAUGUUGCAAUCAGGGACUAAGCCGUUGUUCUUAUUUUGGAUGAAGGAAAAUGAAGAAUGCAAUUCACGGGCAGCUGUAACUUGAUGACCCAAUCAAUACCAGAUGUUUCUAUAGUCUAGCCAUCAAGUAAGGGAUUUACCAGACUUGUUUGGUUUAGUAUUGGCUGGAGUUCAGUUUACAAGUCUGGUUCAGCAGUGGGGAAUUGGUAGUUCUGUUUGAUUCCAAUUUGUGUGCAAGUUGAGAAUAGACACUCCAUUUCUUAAAUGCUCCUGUAUGCUAGUGUGGGGCACAUAUUUUCGACACCUGUGACUGACUGUGAUCACCGUAGUUUGAACUAACAUUUUUACAAGACGUUAUUUGACAUGUAUUUGUUCAACACAAUUCUUUAUUUGUGUUGUAUGCAUUAUCUACUCCAUAGCUCCUGUAUGUAGCCAGGCAAAAUCUACAACUUGAUCAAAAUGAAGAUGCUAUGUUAUAAAGAGGUCCCUGGUGCUGGCCACCUUAAGGGGUUAAAUUCCAAAAUCUUUUUUCCAGCGCCAUAUUUCCCUGCCUCUCUGCCCUUUAGUUUUCUAAAACUGAAGGCUCUAGCAGAAUCAGGCAGUGGCACUGCUGAUUGACUGACUGUGAGCGGUCAGCUGACGCUCUCAGACAAUCCGUGAAUCUCCAUUCAUAAGACUGGCUUGAAAAAGGUGCUAAACCAUUUGAGAACGGUUUAACCUUUUAAGAUGAGCCUGCACCGGGGACCUCCUGGCACCAUAACAACUUUAUGUUCAUGAUGUUAUGGUGCUCUAAGAAUUCUUUUUAAAAAUUGGGCUAUUGCACUUAAAUAUACAUGCAGGAAUCAAACAGUUAAUCUCACAUGGUCAUUCAAAUCAGGCUUUGCCACUCAAUUGUUGACAUUGUUUCAAAUAUCAUAUUUUACUUUAUACUUGUUUAAUAAGGGCAAAAUGCAAAGCAGUCUUAAAAUGGAUGUCGAUUUGUUUGCAAGGUGGGCACAAAACAUGUAUACUUGCUGUGUCAAUGGACAAAAUGGUGUUCUUCACUCACAAAAUAGUUUCUAAACCCAUGCCAAUAUGUCAUUAGUCACACACGUGUACCGCUAUCAUUUAACUGAAGGAGUUGGUGUUUGUGUGUGGCAUAUACGUAACUAGCCACUUGCAUCUACAAAUACAUUGCAGCGCUCACUAAUAUAAUAACAUAUGCAUUGACAUCCACACUUUCAUUGCGGGUCAAUUAAUAUCCUGUACUCCUUCGUUUGUGUAAGUAGAGAGGCUCAAUUUGGGAGUCAUUGGUUUCUGGAGAAACAAGACAGCUGUGCACUCAGCAGUAUAGCCUUCCCUCCAUCUCAAUGUUUAGAUCCAGUAGAAAAACUAAAUGGGUCUAGAUUGGUUAGUUUAAGGGACACUAUAGUCAUCCAGACCUACUUCAGCUCAUUGAAGGGGUCUGGGUGCAGUGUCCCAGUCCCGCUUAGUCCUGCAAUAUAAAUAAUUGCAUUUUUGAGAGAGUGGUUUUUUUUUAAUUUAUUUUUUCAAUCAGCAAUUAGAGGCACUUUCUGGUGGCUAACUUUUGGUUGCAUAACUGACACUGGACAUCCUCAUGCUCUGAGGACAUCCAGUGUCCAUUAAAACCCCAUAGGAAAGCAUUGAAUCAAUAUGGGGAUGACCUAAUGCUUUUGCUGCGCAUCAGUAUUAGGCCCCCUCUCCCUGGAAGAGGCGGAGCACCAACCCUGGGCAGAGGGACACCGUUAUCAGGUAAGUUACAAAAGGGAAUUUAAGCCCUCUAUGAGCUGGGGGGGCUCAAAGCGCUCAAUAGUGUAAGGAAUCACUAUAUAAUUUAAUCGGAGGCCUGUUUGUUUGUGGUGGGAGGAAUCUAGCCUCCUCAAAGUGUCCAUUAGAUUCAAUUCAACAAGAUAUUUGUAGGUACAGCCCUGCUUGUUUGUUCACUUGUUUUAUUAAACAAUGCUAGAGUUUGAGCUGAUUUGAUCAACAUUUUGUUCAUUGAAAGGGUUGGAAAUAAUUGCCAUUAUUCUAAUUAUACAACAUUUUCUGAUGGGUAAAAGACUAUUUCUCAUAUUCAUAAUUUGCAUUAUAUACCAAAAACGUGAACCUAGUAAGUAUGACAUACUAACUUUGAGACUUGGACAAAUUUUGGUGUUUAGCAUUUAUUGGCAAUUCUGGAUAAACUUUUUUUUUUUUCCUUUCAACAGAAAAGGAAGCGUCGAGAAAAGGAUGAGGACAGUGUCAGUCUUUAUAGCUUUGAUCUCAAGGUAACCUGCUCUUAUAGUAGUGGUGAAAUCACAUUUCUAAAGUAAAUGUUACUGACAUAUCUAGAAUAAAAACAACAAAUAAAAAUAAAAUUCCUUUAUCUUGUAUCAUAUUAUAGUACCUCAACUUUGUAUAUCACUGCAGCUAUCAGUAACUAAAUGUAGGUAGUUGAAAUAUAACCAAGCACCAUAACUAGUUUUCUAACAUAGGCAUGUCCAGAUAAUCCUACUGUGCACAUGUUGUAAAAAAACUGUUAAUUUCCCUUUCCCAGCAUUUAAAUGGUUUAAAAAUAUAAUAAAGGGGCGGCGUCUGACAGCCAAAGCAGACGCUCGCAUGUUUGUGGAGGUCCGGUCCACGAAUGCUAUAAUUACUCAAUUUUCGGCAUCCAGACCAGCCUUAGUAUGUUCUGAAGAACUCCCCAGCUUGCUAAAGCCCCAUGGGGAAAAAGAUUUUAAAAAAAACAAAAAAAAAGUCAGGAUGCACCCCGACUGGGCAGGAAUAUUGGGGAUUUGUGGCAGCAGGCUCAUGGUGCUUAUGGGCCCAAAAUGGCAUCCAUCACUGGGGACUGCUUGGACCUCUCAGACUAUUUCUCCUGUGGAUCAGAGGAGGGCUACAUACCUGCUUAAGUGCCUCCACCGCCGAUCCCUCUAAUGAAGCCAGACUCUGCUCCAGUGACAACUACAAUAUUAAAAGAGCUACUGGCAGACAUGGCCGCAAUACGACAGGGCCUGACAGGCCGAAUUGGAGCACUGGAAACUAACUCACACUCCUGCAUACAGCAGAUCACAACUCUUCAACAAGAGGUCAGCGACUUGCAAAAUUACUCCUAUGAAUGCCGCUUUGCUGCACAAGACGAAAGUCAGGGGGAUUCCUGAAAAUAUACCUGAAGCAGAGCUCCCACAUGUGGUUAGACUUUUGCUGACAGCCUUACUGAUGCCCAAACAGGCCAAAGCAAUAGUGACCGAAGGUAUAUUUCGGGUGCCCAAACCGCCAAAAGCACCACCUACAACACCAAGGGAACCUGAUAAUCCAAUUCCAAAACGGAAAAGACAAGGCAGCAGUCCUGAAUGCUCUAAGGGGCAAGUCACCUUGCACACCUUACACCUUCGAAGACAUGUCACUGACAUUCUGUGCAGACCUAUGCAGCAGCACUCUGGCAUGGCGCCAAGAACUACGACCACUCACCUCCCUUCUACAACAUCACAAAAUACGCUAGCAAUGGCGCCACUCCCCAUCACUGUCAGUCCUCCAAGGGGAUUCAACCCACAUCAAUCGAGACCUCCAGGAAGCUGCAACGAUCCUGCAGCGCUUGGGAAUCCCCAACAUUACCUCAGCAUUGAUGUCCCAGAGAUGGAACCCAGGGACUGCUGCGGAAUUUGUGCCCAAGCUGGCCACAUCAGGCUCUCAUGUCGAAGCCAAAACUUGACCUUAAACAGGACUGCCUCUUACAGGCCCAGUUCGGGACUCAUGCAAUUAAGCAGCCUCUUUCCCCAGUGCACAAAAGCCCACAUCCUUACUCAAACAUAGAGCAGGAUAAUUACCUCCACCCUUCUCAGGCCGAAUAGCUAUUUCCUCCACUGUUUCUGCCCCCCAUUUGCCUAUGGGUUAAUUAGGCUACGAAUGUGUAAGCUGCACACCUGAAAAUGCUAGACAAGAACACACACGUUCCACCAACAAGCUCCGGUUACAAGUUCUGGCCCAUCUUACUCUUACACCUCUAUGGUAAACACUGGCACUGUCACCCUCUCUAUAAAUGCCACUAACCCAGCCACCACCUAGCACUUGACUAUACAGAAAAACCCACAGCCUGACAAAUGUGCAACAUUUUUGCUGUGAUCUAUGCUAUUGUUUUACUACCAGUCUCCUUACUGCGUUCUGCUGUGUAUACCUCAUGUCAUUCUGUGGCUAAAAUAAAGAAUUCAAAAAAAUAUAUAUUGAGUUUUAGGCAGAGGAGACCGAGCCGACGGGAGGGGACCCCGGGAGAGACCCAGACCUAGAUGGUACUAUGGGACCCGAAACACCACCGGGCUUAAACUAAGGAGACCCUGACGACCUAUAGUUCUAUAGUAGCAAAUUGGCUGACACGGGGAGGCUCUACCACAAAGCAUCCCCAUGCUGGGAAAACUCCUGCUUGACACGACUGGUGGGCUGGGUGCCAAGUGAGCAGUGCGAAAAAUCGACUAUUCGCUCCAGACCGGACAGCCCACCUACCCCAACACUGUACAUGUACUCGGAGGCCAGUCCGGUGACACACCCCGAGGGGACUGGACACCGGUGGGCGACUAAACCCGAGGCGAGUCUUAGUUGCCUUCUUUUCAGACAGACACACCUAUCCCUGACACCGAACUGACCUAGCCCCACUCACCCCUAAACCCGAACUCCGAGUCACUCCCCCGCCCCAAACCGAGCACGGACAGGGAUGGGCUCCAAACACAAACCGGCGCCACUUACUCUAUGGCUUAACAAUGUAAGGGACCUGAACGUCCCCGAGAAGCAGUCCCAAAUACUCCGUACCCUAUGGGCGGGACACGUCUCGGUGGCGUUCUUGCAGAAAACACACCUCAAAGGCACAGACACCCCCACCUUGAAAAACGGGCGCUAUCCCACAGGGUACUAAGCAAACCACCCGGACGGAAAAAAAACCAUUGCACAGCACACCUACACGUUUGCUUGCCUGUAUUACCGAAACCAACAUGUCUUCCUGAAUAAGACACUCACACUACUAAACAAGUUCAGAGACGGUCUCCUGAUUGCAGCUGGAGAUCUUAACACGCCACUAGACACCAGGCUGGAUACAUCCAGAGGGGAAUGCUCUAUACCAGGUCGUUUCAUACGCUCUGCGGGAAGGGCCCUGGCAAGGAGUGGCUUGGUAGAUUGCUGUAGGGCGGCGAACCCAGAAGGCAGGGACUAUUCCUACUAUUCGGCUGUGCAUCAGCGCUACAGUCGUAUUGGCUAUAUCUUUCUAGCACAGGAAGCCCUACCCUUGCUCCCACGGGCAAACAUCGGUCUGAUUGCAGAAUCAGACCACGCAACAAUCACAGUACAGAUCCAAUCCCUACUACACAAACCAGUAAAAAGACAAUGGAAGCUAAAUGAGAACUUGCUACUCAAACUACAGGACACUGAGCCAGUCAGACAAGCACUGACACAAUACUUUGACACUAACAACACCCCAGACACUCCGCCCCUGACCGUUUGGGAGGCUCAUAAAUGUGUCAUUAGAGGACACUACAUUAAGGUCUCUACGCAGCGUAAAAAAGAACACUCACAAGUAUUAGCCACUUUAAACGUACAAAUCGCCAAACUGGAGCAGGCCCACAAGCAAAGCCAGGAAGAGGGCAAGUUCCUCCAACUGACUGAGCUUAGAAGGCAGCGACGGGACAUACUAGCCCAAGGACUCCUACGCACCCUUAGAAAAUCCGCUCGGUUCUUUUUCAAACAUUCGGACAAAAGCGGCAGAUUGCUAGCCCGCCAGCUCCGAGACCGACGGAGAGAGAGCCAUAAACAUAAAAUAAAACCCUGAGAUAAAGCCGAAACACGACUGCCAGACUGAAUUCAGCGCGCGUUCGAAGAAUAUUACACUGACCUAUACAACAUCCCCCAGCCUAGUACAGACACAGCCCAAACGCAGUCUUAACCAAAUUUCGGAAUUCUUAGAACAAAACGUAGACAAGUUAACCCCCGAAAUGAAGGAAGACUUAGAACAACCCCUCACGGUAGAGGAACUAGCAACGGCAUUAAACUCUCCAAAACCCAUAGAGCAUCAGGACCAGACGGCCUCCCAUUGAUAUAUUUGCGCACAUUUCGAGACAUUUUGUUACCGAACCUCUUGCAAGGUCUUAACGCCAUACAAGAAGGGGGCCAUUUUCCCACUGAAACACUCGCAGAUAUAGUCAUGGUGAUACCUAAGGAGGGCAAGGACCCGACUAACUGCGCAAGUUACCGCCCCAUAAUAUUGCUGAACGCAGACCUAAAGUUAUUUGCUAAAACCAUAGCCAUGAGAGUCGCGAAACACCUCCCCCACCUGGUACACUUUGACCAGGUCGGGUUUAUCCCAGGCAGAGAAGGUAGGGAUAACACAAUCAAAGCUCUAAACAUCUUACACAUAGCUCGGAUGUGUCGAAAGAAACUUCUGCUACUGUCAACGGAUGCUGAAAAGGCUUUCGACCGGUAGACUGGGUGUAUCUGGAGAACACACAUGGGAUUCGGCCCACACAUGCUGUCCUGGAUGCUCUCCCUGUACACGAGUCCCGCGGCACGGAUACGUGUUAACGGGGCGCUGUCCGCCCCUUACCCCAUCCGAACUGGUACCUGCCAGGGAUAACCUCUAUCCCCCCUCCUGUUUGCCCUCUCCCUGGAACCAUUCCUGGCGGCGGUUAGACGUAAUGGGGAAAUCACAGGAUUCUGCCUUGGUCGUAAAGAAUACAGAGUAGCCGCGUACGCUGUUCUUUCUCACACAGCCGCUGCUUUCAUUACCCAAUGACCUCGCGUCUUUUCGAGCGUUCAGAGCGAUUUCUAACCUUAAGCUUAACACUGAUAAGUCUGAGGCCCUCCACCUACCGUCCCUAAAUGACCCUCCCAACACACCUCUGCACCCAGUAUCGAUUCAAGUGGUGUAACACCAAACUGAAAUAUUUGGCUACCCAAAGACCCGACACAACUCUACCACCACAACUAUCUCCCGUUGCUACAAUCGCUGCAGGCAGACCUUAAAAAAAAUGGUCCCCACACUACAUUUCCUGGUUUGGGUGUAUCAAUGCGGUCAAAAUGAACGUGCUACCCAGAAUACUUUAUCUAUUCCAGACAGUGCCGAUCAUGGUGCUCAGAGCCUUCUUCAGCUCUAUAACGACCGCCAUCCGUCGAUUUGUUUGGAACUCACGCCCAACCUGCACGAAAAAAGCCAUCCUGGAACUGCCGAAAAAGAUGUGGGGGGAACGGGCUUAGAGACGUACUUGUCAGGAUUACUGUUUGAUCCAGCACGUAGAACUGUACAGCACGGAUGACAAAUGAGUAACGUAUUACCGGUCCUUAGAAUGGCCGGAUUUAACGUACAAAGAAUAGUCAAAAAUACUAGCUGAGGUCAGGGAACACAGAAAGGGACACAGCGAUGAGGAAAGCCAGGAGUCAGGAUACCAGAAUAUAGAGAAGUCAAUAAACAAAGCCAAAGUCAAAAACCAGGUAGAAAACUAUAAACAGGAACGCGCUCUCAGACAACCACAAGGGAAACCACGACAGGGCACUGAGCAGGCUGAGAACUGGGCCUAAAUACCCCUCCUUUAGUUCUGAUAGGCUGUAACCGGCCUUUGACCCCAAAGUCAGUUACCAGGUUUCAUUUGCAUAAUUGCUGCUCAGCAUUAACCCUUCUGUGGAUUAGGUUGCUGCUCGGCACAACUUUUCCUGUGUGGACAGUAAAUGUCAUUAACCACAUUUCUAUAAGCGGAUGAAUAUGUGACAGUACUAUUGCGCCACACACCUGCAUAGGCUGACAGACUGGCACUUGCAACACCCCUCAAAACAAUGGAACUAGAGCAGACAGGUAGGAACAUACCCUCCAGACUGUGGCUACACACCGCCACGUACGCAGACCUACAAACCAAAAACCCCCUGAUCAAUGCCACUCUGAGGGUGUGGACAGCUAAACGCUACCGACUGGAGCUUACCACCUCACUUAACACCCAUCACGCACAACCCUGACCUUGCUGAUGCCCCUACCCAUAGCGACCUAUCCUAACCGUCCGACUGGCUGUAUCUGCACCAAUGGUACGGCUCACAUGGACUUAAAACACUGAGACCUUUGCCCAGAUAGGACGCCAAAAUAAAAACGUACUUCCAAUCCCUACCGGGACGUGGGCACCUGCUCAGACCCCAUACCAGCUUUGAACUCCUGUGCGUACACCGAACACACAUUACCAGGGGUAUCUCGACCCUAUACACCAUACUCAUGGCCCAGACCAGUGGAGAUGUGGUGCUCAGAUUCAAGGACCAUUGGUAAAGAGACACGGGGAUGUCCCUUUCCGCACAAAAAUGGGACACGAUCUUCACCCUCACACACAAAUGCUCUAUCAGUUCGAAAUACCAAGAACUGAACUACAAAAUACUAACUCGCUGGUACAGAACACCAGACAUACUACACCGCAUGCACAAAAACACUUCGGACACUUGCUGGAGAUGCGGCACACACUCCCACAUAUGGUGGACAUGCCCCGCAAUCGCCCCAUACUGGGAGAAGAUCAGGGGGGAAUACACGAAAUCACAGGCUCGGAGAUACCCCUGAACCCCUUAACGAUACUACUACACCACACCCCCAGCCCCCUGAAAGCAUAUAAGAAAUCCCUGACACUACCCCUGCUCAAUGCAGCCAAGUCCCUCAUCCCUGUGAUGUGGAAACAGAUGCGAGCGCCCACCCUCCAGCAAUGGGUGACAAAGGUGGAAGAUAUACACUCAAUGGAAACUCUGACAGGCUAUCUACAUGGGAGACCGGAGCAGUGCGCAUUGACCUGGUAUCCAUGGGUAACAUACAUAGCCAAAAUAAUAGGGACAUCAAGCACAACCCAGCAGGGGCACCCAGAAGCCCGGGACACACCCUUACCCCAUAUGUCGACAUUACCCACCCCCCUGCCUUUUACCCAGACUUCGGACUGCUCCCCCAACGACCAAUGCAAACAGUAGCAAGAUUAAAUAAUCACUUGGACAGGCCUACAUUAUGGACAUGACACGUCCCCCGCUAGGACGGACAGCAUAAAACAGUUGGUUAAAUCUAGACAGACGCACAAAAUCUACACCAAUAACACCAGAACAAAGAUGCGAACCAGAAUGAAAGACAUAAACCCAGACCAAUGCAUAAACUGUAGAUGGAGAGACACAGUAGUAGAACGAAGAAGCAUCUGGGGUGCGAACCAGACUCGACCCAAAACAAACACAUAGAUUCCCAAACCAACAACCCACCUGACUGUGGCACAGAUAGGAGCCUGGACACACCACCCAAGACCCACUAACCCAGUUUAACGAACUGCCAACAACAAGGGUUCGAAUAGCCUAUACAAACUGACACGCUGGUCUAAUAACGGAGAAGUAACAGAGAAGGCGUCAUACAACCACAAAACAUGGGUUAUAGACCCCUGAGGUGCUCACCACAACCGUAGACGACAUACCGUAAACACAACUGUAGUACACUCGACAUUAGCAUUAAAAGGGGUUCAAACAUUAGUUUUACACUAAGGCUAAUACACAGGAUGUGAACCAGCUUAAUGUCACUUAACAAAGAUUGCUAUGGCACAAACAUGAAAACUGGGUUGGGAGACAGCCAAAAACUCUGAAACAGCGGAGGACACUCUACAAACUGCCUAAAAACCCGACAAUGCCGCAGCCACAGGCUUGAACUCAGGCUGGUACACUGGGUAGAGCCAACUGUUAGAUGUGCACAGUUUAUCAGCACAGUUCCUUGUACGGACACAGAGUGACACAUUGUAUUGCUCCUGACUGAUACAUGUUUUCAAAUGAAAAAAGACAUCAAAUAAAGAUUGUGUGUGUGUGUGUGUGUGUGUGUGUGUAUAUAUAGAUAUUCCUGAAUGGAAUUGAAACGUGAAAUGUUACUACACUUUUUAGCAAAAGUUCCUAAGAAAGCUACCUGGGAGUACUGAUUUUCUUUCUUUUUUUUUUUUUUUUUUCAUACAUUUAGUGCAAUCAAGCACUAGGUCAUCAUCUGUUGGUGAGGACCUAAUGUGCAUGCGUGGCCAGUGCUGCAAGCGCAUUAGGCCCUUCCCGUAGGAAAGCUUUGUCUCAAUGCUUUCCUUUAGAGUUUUCACUUAUGCUGGGUGUCCUCCAAAUGUUUGUUUUCUGGGGUUUUUUUUUUUUGUUUUUUUUUUUUAAUUCUUAAUUUUUUGUGUGCAGUAGGGUACAACAUGCUUCAUGGCAAACAUUCAUGGCAAACAGUGGGAAUCAUAAGUCAUAACAGUGUUGUGGCACAUAUUAUACAUGCACAUUUUUUGGGGGGAAAAGGAUUAUAAGAAACAUACACACGUACAUAACCAGUGUAACUUCUAUGAACAUUUUAGGAGUACAAUAGAGAAGAUAAACAUUAAAAUAAGCUUGAGACAUAUGUUAGGGGCAUGUUUUUCUGCUGACCAGAGGUUUCCAAUGGUGAACCUGAACAGUGAAACACAAGUCAGCUGGUUAUGGCUUGUACUGAGCUUACACCUGCAUCACUCUAUGGUAAUCGGCCUCUGGGGUCUAUGGCGUCUGAGGCGGGGGGCCAGAUUAAAAAAAAAAAGUUCAUAAAGAAAAGACUAACCAACUUCGAACCGCAGCGUGUGUAAGUCCUGUGUAUGGGGGAAGGAAAGCGCAGGACGCCUACUGCCACCUCAGGUAUGUGCAGCAGCGGGGGCUGCUGGCGUUACUCUCUUCUGGAUGAAUAGCGUGAUCAUGGUCAGGUCCCAGUGGUGAGGGGUUGCAUCGUUUUGCGCCAUUGUAGCAUCUCACCGGAGAGAUCCGCGAAGAAAGAGAGCACCAUGUUCUCAAAAUCGAGUGAGGUAGUCCCCUUUAGUGCAGCUUGAACCAGGGCCUUGGCUGCGGAACCUUAUAAUCCGGUCUCUGGGUGCUGAAUCAGGCGCUCUCCUGGGUUUCGGAACUCGGAAGAUGCCGUCCAAGUGUACAUUUCGGGACUGCUUGGACUAGUAGUCUCCGGCAAAGAUGUUGGAGCUCUGCCGUGGGUAUGCCCUCUGGUAGUCCCCGGAUUUUCAAAUUGUUGCGGCGUUGCAUGUCUUCCAGUUGGGUGAAUCGCAGGUCAGAGGUUGCUUGUGUUUGGAUGUCCAGCUAGAGUUGAGCUAUGGUUUGGGUGUGCUGCUCGGAGGUGACUUCCACUGCGCCGAAGCGGCCUACCAGGCCUGCGAUGUUGGUGCGUAGCAGGGCAACAUCUGCCUGUAUGGUUUUCUGGAGCAUUUCUGCCGUCACCCAUCUGGAGUCUCUGGUCUUGGCUUAGGUGGAGGCUGUAAUGCUGGCAUUUGUCAACCGUCCUCGACGUCUGGGGACAGCUCCUCCGGGUCUUCUGAGAAGUCGCACCAUCGGCGGCCCUCUUGAGCCCGUAUGCGCCAUGCGCAUGGAGGAGAAGAUCGUCAAUACUCAUGCCUCGUUUGGGUCUGUCAGGUUUCAACUAGUAAUCCUGCCCAUUAUUUUAAAUUAUUUUUUUUUAAGGGCGAUUGCGCUGCUGCAGUGAGGCUCCAAAAUCAGUUUUUUUUAUCGCUGGGUUUAGGUAUUUUAGCCCAAAACUUGGCGACCGUGCGUUCUGCUCAGGUCAGUUGCUUCAGGACAGAGCUCCUCUUCUUUUAACCCCUUAGGGACCAAACUUCUGGAAUAAAAAGGAAUCAUGACCUGUCACACAUGUCAUGUGUCAUUAAGGGACCCAGAGUCUGUUAGAAUCCCUGAGGCGCCUCAAGUAACUGUCUGAUACAAUCAUUACAUAAUUAUUCACUAAAGCUUAAAUUCCCCAGAAUUCAAAGUGCAUUAUAUAUUUUAGGAACAGAUAGCUAAUUUGGAAAAAAUUUCAAGCUUGGUUGUGUUCUCCAGCAUUUCACACUUUAGUGAAUAAUUCUGUAAAAGUUCUGGCUCUCUUGCUUGCAAAUAUGUAAAUAACAUGUUUUAUUUAGUUUUCAUAUGGUAGUUGGCAAUUCUAUUGUUGAUUGACCUCCUAUAUUGUGCUGUAAUGCUAACUCAUCCACGACUGGGCAUUUACGCUGUUUGGUAUCCCAAUUUGCCUAAUGCAUGUAUGUGUGCAAAUAUCCCUUAACGUAAAAUGGGAUACAUUCAUUUAAUGCAAAUAUUUGGUAGUUAAUGGGUUGAUCCAAUCAUCAUAACCACUACAGCCUGCAGUAGAGGUUAUGAAUUAAGGAAUACCCUGUUCAUGUUUCUGUUAAUUGGGUUAAUCAUUUAGCAAUAGAUCCAUGCCGGACUUCAAUCCUUUCAGGUGGUCCAGUGACAUGCUUCCAGGUUCUGCAGGGUAACUCAUUGGGGUGUCAUCAGCCAACCUGGAACUAAACAGAAUUGACGUUAGUCAGCCCAGAACUCUAACUUGCUUUGCAGAUGGGUUGAACUCUUUAUGUGUGCAGCAUUUGAUAGUGAAACCCUGCACAUAUAGAGUCCAGCAUGAGGUGGUCAUGUUGCUUGGAGUAACCUUUUAACUAUGUUCUGUACUACAAAGUGCCGUCAUCCUGUACUUGUGCAGGAAAAGUUGUAUUCGUUUACAGAAACCAAAAAUAUACUGUAUUAAACUUUUCUUACACUUAUGUUAUUGCAUGUCAGGUAAAUGUUUUUUUUCUUGCUAGUUGUGUGCCACGUCUGAGUAAAGUACCAGCAUUCGUGUUACAACCCAGAUGUUUUGCAACACAUGUGAUUCACUCAACAUCAUGUUUACUCUUAUGUAGGUGUUAUCUGUAUUUUGUAGCAACUAUAUCCAACACACAAUCAAGUUAGGAAAAGCUGCUUAGUCAUUGGCAUGCACUUUUGUACUGUAAUUCUACUACUUCUUAGGAAUAUGCUGCUACAACCUGGAAUCAUUAUUUGAACCUGGUAAGAAGUAGUUUGCAUCUUCAUGUAGUGUUGAAUUGGCUUAUUUUACACAUGGAAAACUAAAUUUGCGUUCUUUUGUGUUUCAUCUACACAUAUCAAUUACAUGUAGUAAUUCUGCUUUGUUGUUUUUAAAUAUCUCUAUGUUGCACGAUGUUUGUCACACAAGAACAUAAAGAAGCAAAACAAAACAUGGCAGAACUUAAAAUAUAUUCAAUAGUUCUUAAUCUCUCUUGGGUAUCAUGUAGUGCCUGUCUGUAUUCUCAGAGUCUUUACACAUUUGGAAUGUCUGUGUGAGCUAUCCUUAAAGGGACACUAGUCACCAGAACAACUACAGCUUAUUGUAAUCCACUGGCCACUUCUCAGAUGGCUAUUAGAGGGGCUUCCUGGUGCAAUCCUCCAAUUUCCCAUUAACUUCCUCCUAGCCCAGUUAAAUAUUUAAAUAAGUAAUUUAUCCCAUGAGGGUAAACUACAGUGAUCAAAGGAUAGGGGUUAAACUUGAUUUGAAAAGCAGGGAGGGCUGGGUGGGAUUUUAACUUAACAUAUUUUCUAUUGCAGCGAGAAAGUGAUCAGCACAGAUCAGUCUCCUUGCACUUCACACUGAACAUGGUAGUGCAGAGAGGUGGGUCAGCAGUUCCUGCAGCACCUAUUAUCACACUGGCUGGUUGUCAGACUGCUCACAUGAGCUGGGACCGCACAGUUAGCUGCUGCCCGUCUGAGGCAGACUGCAGCAGCAUUAACCCCCGCGAUCUAGGGCUAAUUUUAGUAAAUGACAAAUUUUGCGUCAUGCCCUUAAGGGUAGGUCUGCAAUGAUGGAAAAUCUCUGUCUUGAGUUGCAAAGUGGUUAACAGGUUGUAUAAAGGGGGAAAAAAAAGAUGGUACCCAUAACCUCUUGGCAGUAUAAUGGCACUAAAAUAUAGGUAACGUUUCUCAGUUACCCUUUAAAGAGGGAACGUCACUUCUCAGGAUUUUUAACAUUGUUUACCCCAUAUUAUACAAAUAUGUAAGGUGUAGAAAUCUAUACCUCUGUUCCCUGCUAUAAGGGGUCUAUCAUUCUUAUAAACUCUGGCAGUCACAAUAGAGAGCCUACAGAGAAGAGGAGAAAUGAAACCAUGUUUUGUUUUGUUUUUCUCUUCUAUUGCAGUGUUUGCCCGGACUGGAUGUAAUUUGUCAAACCUUUAAUAUCAAUUUAAAUGAAAAUAGAGCACUACAACAUUAACACAGGUUAUAGGUGAUUUGCAAUGUUUUGAUUCUAUGGUGUAAAUCCCAGAGAAGUGACUUUUCCCCCUUAAGGUGUAUAUGUGAGUUUAAAUUAUUUAGGGCAGGGAAUAGUAACCAGCAGGCCGCAAAAAGACUGGCAGCUGAUUGUUUCUAUCAUCAUAACUUAUUGGACAGCUGAGUUCUACACACUGCUCCUGGCAGCUUGGACUGUAGCGAUGAAUGACGUCCCCACAGAGCAGGCUGUGAGGGAGCUGUGUGUAGAACUCAUUCAAGCUCCUCCGGGCUCCCUUGUGCUACUGGACACCAGGGUUGAGGCCCUUUCUAAAAGUAAGUGACUGAUCUGCUUCAUGAUGUCGUCGUCCCCACCACACACACACACACACACACACACUCUCUUAAUUUGUGUGUAUCUGUCAGUAUGAGUGUGUGUACCUUUAAUGCCUCUCUGUAUGACUGUAUGUAUGUUUGUAUGGCUCAAUUGGGGAUCUUUAAGUGUUCUGAAAAUUAAGUUUGAGCUGUUGUCUUGGAAAAAUUCAUAUAUUCAAAAGUAAUUGGGAUAUGGAUGAAAAGAUGAAGGGGCAAAGAGAAAAAGUAUGCCAUGAAUGAGAAAGUAGGGGAGAAAAGGGCUUUUCAUUAAUUGUUCCACUGUUUAAUAGAGAGCUAUCUAUUCUGGUGUCCAUAUAUAUAGCAAUCACUCAUAAGGAAAUCAAAUCGGGGACCAUCUAUUAACCUGUGCAAAGAUGAGAAUUGAGAAAUGUGCUUCUCUCCUAUGUUUAUUGUUAUCAUUACUAUAUUAAAUUUUUAGCUACAUGGAUGAAUGCAGCCCUCUUUCCAUCCUCCAUACACUGGCAUGGCAUCUGGCCCUCAUGCGAAAAAUUUUGAUUACCCUGAUUUAGGGUAAGGGAUAUGUGUAACUGUUUUUAAGUGUGUUAGGCCAGGGUUUUCCAAUGUGUGGGUCACGACCCACGGGUCGCCGGGUGAUUCCCAGUGGGUCGCACCGACCCACGCCUCCAGGACCGUCGGGGACUAAAGAGACUGUGAGGCAGACUGAUUAGUCGGGCCCUUGAACCAUUACCGCGAGAUCGACACUAGGAGAGGGCCUGGCGUCUAUCCCUGGCGCCGGGCCCCCUCCAUUCAGUCUGCCCAACACCUCCGGUCUGCAGCUCCCCCAGGUUCUGCGCUGCAAAACGUGUGAUAGAGGUCUUGCGAGCUCCCAGAGCGUUGCGAUGGCAACACUCUGGGUGCUCGUGAGACUUCUAUCACACGGUCUGCCGCUCUGCAUCUGGGGAAGCUGCAGACCGGAGGUGUUGGGCAGACUGAAUGGAGGGGGCCUGGCGCCAGGGACACAGUCCUCCACACCCUGCCUUCCCCUCCCCACACUGUGACCCCUUCUCUCCCUGCUUCCCUACCCACACUGUGACCUUUUCUCUCCUUGCCCCACACUGUGAUCCUUUCUCUCCUUGUCCCCCUCCCCACACUGUGACCCUUUCUCUCCUUGCCCACCUCCUCUCUCUUUUUUUUUUAUAUAUAUAUAUAUAUAUAUAUAUAUAUAUAUAUAUAUAUAUAUAUAUAUAUAUAUAUAUAUAUAUAUAUAUAUAUAUAUUAUAUACAAUAUACACGCACUACAAUCAAACAUUACAUACAAACAAAAUUAUAUACAAACAGCCCUUCAUUCAAACACCAACACUACACACACAAAUCAAACAUGCAUUUAAAGUCCAGCACCACAUACAAACACCACUACAUUCCAAUGGCAACAGUGCAUACAAAUACACCCAUACAUGCACACAUAUACUUAAUACAAAAACAUGCUUACAUUCAAACACUCCUCACAAAUAUAACUAUGCAACAAUGGUCAAAUGGUAGAUCCCCAGCUGGCAUAGCAUUGUUGAAGUUCUCCGAUAGAUGGGAUCUACCUUCUGGCCACACUUGCACUAGAGGGGGCCCCAGAAAACCUACUUGCACCGGGGCCCUCUCUACAUUAGUUCCACCACUGGGAUAAUCAACGUGAGGUGCCUGGAUGAAAGAGCAGGACACAGCACUUCUGAUUCUGACGGAGUCUGUGACUAAGCAGCUGUAUGCCUCUAAAACGGAUUGCCAUGAUGUGCCAAAUUUCUGCCUCUAAAACUGCCGUGAUACCCCAAAUUGUGCCUCUAAAACUGCUAUAUGCAUGGUUUCUGUCUCUAUAACUGCCAUGAUAUGCCAAAUUAUGCAUCUAAACCUGAUUGCCAUGGUGUGCCAAUUGUAUGCCUCUAAAGCGGAUUGCCAUGGUGUGCCAAUUGUAUGCCUCUAAAGCGGAUUGCCAUGGUGGGCCAAUUGUAUGCCUCUAAAGCGGAUUGCCAUGGUGGGCCAAUUGUAUGCCUCUAAAGCGGAUUGCCAUGGUGGGCCAAUUGUAUGCCUCUAAAGCGGAUUGCCAUGGUGCUCAUUUUGAAAAAAUGCAUUAAAAGCAAGUGGGUCUCCAAAAAUCAAAAGUGGAUCUCUGCCCAAAAAAGUUUGGGAAGCCCUGUGUUGGGCAGUUUCGUUUUACUGUUUUUUUGUUGUUUUGGAUUUUUCCUUUCAAGACUUGUUUUGUAAAGUGCAGCUUAACAUUGCAGGGUAGGUGCCUAUUUGCAAUUUCUUGAUAUAAACUAGUAUCUCAGUUUAGAUGACUUCGACCACUGAAAUUUUGACGUGUAUAAAAUAUUACACAUCUUGCCCUGCUACUAGAUUGGAGAUACUCCAGAUGUAGCUUUGGCAUUGCUCCUUGGUGCGUACUGUGGCAUGCAGAGGGUUAACAUAACUGCUGUACGCUACACCAGUAUGCCAGUCUCUCAAACUGCUUUAAGUAUAGGCCAACUUACUGUAGACUACAGGCACGAGAGCUGCCUUGUUUAGAGCCUGGAUAUCUAAGCUAGAUAAGCGGGAUAAACUAAAAAGAAAAACACACUACAUGCAGUUUCAUGUGGCUUUUAUCGGUGUGUACAUGCAGAUUAACCAAAUCUCUAAUCUUUGGCACAUAUUAACAAUAAAUUGACAUGCUGUAAUUCAUCUAUAAAACAAAUGUUUUGUUUUUGAGAAGGUUUGUGUGCCUAUGUGGAUGUUGGAUCCUUUUAUAAGGAGUGUUGCGAUGCAGUGGGUUAGGCUUACUUUUCCAGAAUCUAUAAGUAAAGCCACUCCUUUGUGUGUAUACAGCUGUUGCUAACUUUACUGAGGACUGUGUGUAAGGGAUUUUUGUUUUUUUAAUAAUGUAGCCAGCCGUCUGUGUUCUCGGCAUGUUCAUACUUGCAUGAUAAACAGUGCUAGAAAGGAUAGAGAGUAAAUUACGAUUUUUCUAACAUUGUACAUCAGCAUUAUGUCUAAACGCUCAACACGUAUACAUAAGUACUUUAGUGGCUAGAUUAACUCUCACAUACCCAUUAACCAUUUCUCCUAGUUAUAGGUGGAAUUACUGCACUGUGUACAUGGCUGUUUUAUCGUGAAAUCUGCCCCACAAGCCUGGCUGUAUGUUAAGUCCUAUGUGGCUCAGAACUUUACCCUGUGUGUAAUUCGAGAUGCAGACUAGUAGGUGUGCCAGCUGUCACAGACAAAUGACAUGGUAUUCCUCUGAAACACGCCCUAAAGGCAGCUGAGUCUGCUCCUCCCACCUUUUUAAGUUCUUGAAAGCAGAGCACUAGUCAGACAUUACUUCAUUUGCUGCCAGGGAAGUAUGCAGUAUGGGAAGGAGUUGUGAGUGUUUUUUAGCACACAGGCAGCUUGUGUAUGAAAAACCAACAAAUCUAGCAGGAGCUAAGCCUAUACAGUGGAUUCUUUUCAGUUCCUGUAAGGGGGAUAUUAAGUAUGGUGGCUCAUGAUGAGAUUGGCGGACUGUUGCCUAUAAAAAGGACUAUCCAGGUUAUUACAAUUCAGAAUCAAGCUUCUAAGGAAUCAGAGGUACGUGUUGGAUACAUUGAGCCUCAUAUCACGCUAUGGUUGUUAAUAUUUGGUUUUUACUUUGUGGUUCUCUACAGUGCCGUGUUCACAAGCAAUGUAUGACAUGCAGAUAUUAAUCACAUUAGCAAGCAUUUGAAAUUAGCCAGGUUUUCAGUGGCUGGCUGAUUUCAGAUAACCUGUUGGGUUAUUUUAAGUCUGAAGAAUAUAUUGGUUUCAGAGCCUUGGAUCUAAGGAUUAAUGCACGGAAUGUAGAAUGCUGGAUGUAUUUAUUUUAAUGGACUGUUGCUUUUGAAACCGGUUUCAGAACUUUGCCGUUUUUGGCAGCAGGAAUAUAAAGACACAGGAACAGACCAUUUUGACAGCAUUUUCUUUUUUUGUUUCUGUUGCUGCUGUUCUUUCCAAGCUCCUAUCAAUGUCAUCAGCUUGUUUUCCUGCCCUUUGUUGUAGGUUUAAUCUUUUGAAGCUGUUUCCUCAAUGAGCCCUUUCAGAGAAGAACAAAGUGAGAGAAUUGUUUUUAGAAAAUGUGUAGGUUAAGCCUGGUUGGCAUAUGCUGAAUUCAUAGUUCUGCAGAAGUCUUCAUUGUUAUGCUUUCUUUUAUAGUAGAAAUAUGAACUACAUAGCAUCAUCCUGCUAAAUUUACCCCAUCCCUUAGCUAGCUAUUUAUUCCCUUCCCACAUUUCUCCCCCCCCCCCCCUUUUUUUUUUUUUUUUUUUUAAGUGGAUGGCAUGUUCUCUUGAUAAUUAGCUAGUACCCUAAAUGUAAAAAGUCCACAAUUUGUACCAAACCUAUGGGUGAUCUUUUCUUGGGGAGAUAUGAACUUUUUAAAUUGGUGUUCUUGCCCAAAAUAUUAAUAUCUAUUUUAGGGACCAGAGUUAGGCAAUUCCAUUGUCACUUUGACAUUCCCGAAGAGAUUACAUUGAACAAAACCAGUCUCCACUCUGGUAUUUUAAAAUGAAUAUUUUUAUAUAUUAUUUUUUUGUGUGUGUUAAACUGGAGUCCCAGAACAAGAGGCUCCUUGUUGCAACUCUACCAAAUGGUCAGAAUAAAAUGUGGCCAGACAGCUUUCAUUAAUAUCUGUUUUGGGAAACUGACACCAAUGUGCCAUGCAGUCGUUCACACCUGUCUUUCAUGGUGCAUUAAACACAAUUGCUAUAUCUGUGACUUGUACUCUGUACUAAGGGGAAUUUUAGCCUUUCACACUUAUACCACCACCUUAUUUAGCGAUUGUAGAUAUUCAGUAACUGGAGUUGUGAUGUUGUCAAAUGACAUUUUAGUGGUAUUUGAGUAAUAUAACUUCGCAAGUUGUGGACACAGUGGAGAGUCCUAAAGUUACAUGUUUCUGGUUAUGGAUAAAAGGAAAAUUUUGUUUGCGAUGAGUUGAAUGUUCAGCAAUCACCUGCUUGUAUACAUGUAUUGUGACAAUGAAAUGAAGGAAUAUAUACAUGGUUUUGCUAUAAAGUCUGAAGGUAUUGUUGCAUGGUGUAUUAAUGUGCAAUGUAACUGCUUAAAAUUUUAAUAGAAAUAGAAACUUCAAUGUGUACAUUUUCUAAAUCUUUGUCAAGAAACACCAUAAUCUGUUGAUUCUGUGUGUUUUGUUUUGUUACAUCGGACAGUAUGUACAUUAUAACCUCAGCAGUUGAGACACACGGAAGAAAUUCUGGUCUGUGUAGUGGUCUUAGCUCAAAUUAUUAUGCCCAAUGCUAGUGUAUGUCUCCAAUGGCUUUAUCCACUCCAUGGUUCCUGGGAAAAAAUACAAUUCCGGGCUGGUGUUGGUUGAUGUUGUUAUAGAUUAUCCACAUAUCUGCUCCUUCAAUGUGCAGUUUGAUGUCAAUCUGUUAUGUACUGUCACUAGUAAGCAUAUAAAGAGCCUUUAAGCUCCAAGUGUGUUUGUUUAUAUUUUAAUCAUAGAUUUUACUGAAAUGAGCAGUUUAUUUUCUAAUGAAGCAAGUAGAACAAAUAUUUAGGGUGUUGAAUGUGCCUGGGAAAGGUGCUAUUUUUUUUAUUUUUUUUUGAGAAUGUAAUUUCCUUACACCAGAAAGUUAGCGUGACUGUUAAAUGCAUUAUUUGACAUGUAUUGUCUGCCUUCACUGUCUGGUUUUACUGAAUGCUUUUUUAAACUGUAUUUGAGCAGCAGCAAUCCUUUCAUGAACAAAAGGCCAAUCUCCCUAUACAUACUUUUUCAGGGUAUGUUUUUAAUAGUUAAACAUUAACUACACCAACUUUUGUUUCACAGUAGAAUGCAGUUAGCGUGCAGAGAAAUACGUAAAUCUGCAUUGUCAGAGUUCCAUUGCAUGUCAGUUAGCAUUUCAUAUUUGAACUUGCCUGUUAUUUGAUAAUCCUUUUAUAGUUUGUAGACUUACAAAUAUCUUUGGGACUUUAACAUCUUAAUUUUUUACAUUUUUAGGAACCAAGCAAUAAGAGAGUACGGCCUUUAGCACGUGUCACAUCAUUGGCAAACCUAAUCUCUCCUGUAAGAAAUGGCGCAGUUCGGCGCUUUGGGCAAACUAUCCAGGUAAAACUCCUUUUAAUGUGGGGUGUUUUUUUUUUUUUUAUGUACAAAUCUUAUUUGGAAAUCUUUGGCUUAAUCACUGCAGCAAGAAACACUCUUUAAUAGAAUAUUGUUAUAACUUUAAAUAGUAUUUUUUUCAUACAAUUAUAUUUACACAAGUGUCUAUAUAGUUUAUAUUCAAGCAGGAAUUAAUACCUUUUUUCAUUCUUAUAGUCUUUCACAAUGCGAGCUGAAAACAAAUCACCCACAAGUGCACAGAAAUCCUGUAGCAGGAUGGCUGCACCCACCCCUCCAAAAAGAAGGAAUAGUGUUCUCUGGUCUGAGAUGUUGGAUAUCAAUAUGAAGGAAUCUCUGAGUGCCAAAGAAAUUAAACGACAAGAGGUAAGUCAGGUCCUGCUCCAUCUUUACUGCUGUUUUGCCUUUGUUGAAACAACUAAUAGUCAUCCUCCAUAAUGCCUAAUCUUGGCCUGCCCCUCAAAUAUUUGUGAACAAAUUUCACUUGAUGCUCAGCCAGUCAUGUGUAAAGAAGUAUACAUAAAACUGGGUUUAUAUUAUGUCUGUCAUGGUAAGCCAUGCCUGAACUUUCAAACGGAGUUCAUCCUAAAAUACUUUUCUAACAAAGCUAUUUUAUUUAUACACAUUAUUUUUGAGCAUAUUGUUAGCCCAAAUAACCACCCAAACUCUCAGUUCUGGCACUGGCAAGUGUGUGCUUUCUCAGAUGUUAACAUUCCUAUGCCUAGUCCACCAGGGCUGUUUAGAUUUUUUUCUGAUGCAGGUCAAAUAUUAUUUGGAUUCAUCUAGUGCAACCUGGAAAAUAGGAAAGUUCUACAGCUUACUGAGCACCUUCAAUAUGUAAUGUAAUGCAACUUUGUAAUGAAUAACUUUUUAUUAUCUACUACUGUAUAUUUAACAUGUUUGCUCUGCACCAUGCAGGCUAUAUUUGAAAUGACCAGAGGUGAGCAAGACUUGAUUGAAGAUUUGAAGUUGGCAAGAAAGGCCUACCAUGACCCAAUGUUGAAACUGUCCAUUAUGUCUGAAGACGAACUGGGGCAAAUAUUUGGUGAUUUGGAUGCUUAUAUUCCCUUGCAUGAAGGUACAGCAAUUGAUUGAUGGACAUUAUGUAUUUAAUAUUCAUCAAAAAGUCCUAUGUGGUGGUCAUGUUCGUUAUUAUUUUUGUUUCAGAAUUUCUGGCUAAACUUGGAGAGGCUACAAAAGCAGAUGGAACAGUGGGACAAAUUGGGCACAUUCUUGUUAAUUGGGUAAAACAUUAAACUUUUUUUUCUAAAGAUGGUUAUUUGUUAAUAAAUGUCAUCACAUCUUGCAUAAGACUAACAAUACCAAUUUUAUUUUUUACAGUUGCCUCGCCUGAAUGCUUACAAACGAUACUGUAGUAACCAACUAGCAGCCAAGGCUCUUCUUGACAAGAAGAAAUUGGACCCUAGAGUCCAAGACUUUCUGCAGCGAUGCCUCGAGUCUCCUUUCAGUCGUAAGCUGGACCUGUGGAGCUUUCUUGAUAUUCCUAGAAGCCGUCUUGUGAAAUAUCCCCUCUUACUGAAAGAGAUCCUUCGGCACACGCCGAAAGACCACCCGGAUAUCUCAAGUUUGGAGAAAGCGGUGGGUAGUGUCAGAAUCUGGGCUUUAUGAAAAACAUUGGCUUGGAUGUUAAGUUGGCCUUUCAGCUGGGUUUACGUUUUGAUAGAUAAAGUAAUGCGUGUUUGGUUAAUUGCAGACUAUUAUGAAAAUCUAUUUUGAACUUUGCCAUCAUAUUUAAUUUUUUUUUUUUUUUGCCUAGUUAGGGAAACCAAAUGAGGCACAUUUUUUCCUGCUGAUGAAAAAUAUAAAGACAUAUUAGCAGUUAUUAUAACCCAUGUAUAGGUUGAGUCAGUCUUCCCCCUUUGUUGCCUCCACUUGGUUAUAGCAAACUAUUGUCUACAUAGGGCUUCUUCUGUUAUUUUUAGAUUUUAGAUAGAAUAAUACAGAGGUCCCUUAUUUACUUGUCUGUGUAUAUUUAAAACCGUUUUCCUGAGUUCACUGUGGAUUUUUUUUUUUUCUUCUGCAGCUAUGCUUAAUUCAAGGAGUCCUUUCAGACAUCAACUUGAAAAAAGGGGAAUCUGAAUGUCAGUAUUACAUUGAGCAAUUGGAGUACCUUGAGGAUAAACAAAAGGAUCCACGAAUAGAUUCCAGCAAAGUGCUUCUUUGUCAUGGGGAGUUGAAAAAUAAAAAUGGACAUGUAGGUGUUUUAAUUGACUACAUUCCAAAUGUUUCUUUCUAUUACUGCUUUUAUGGGUGUAUAUAGAAUCUAAGAGAACCCAAUAGCAUUAGGAAGAAAAGUUGUUUGUUUUUUUUUGUUUUUUUUAAAUGCUCUAGUGUUCUUAAUAAAAAUAGCUUCUUUUUUUUUUCCCCAGCACUCGCUCAAUGAGCUGCCAGCGAUGUUAUGCCAAUCUAAUGCUCCUCAUAUAAAACAUUGGGGACAAAAAGCGCAUGCACUGUGCUCCUAUUGGAGCCCCAUAAUCUCUUCAAUUUGUUGACAUGAUUAUGGUGCUUAAUAGUGUUCCUUCUAAACUGAAUUAUGUUAAAUAGGAAAUAGACCUAUACGGUUUGUUUUUGCUUUUCCUGACUCUGUCUAUGGAAUAUAUAUUAAGGAUUUACGUUAAGGAUCUUAUCCCAUUGCACAUAUUGUGCACACAAAGUGUUUUUUCUUUUGUUUUUUUUGUAACUUGAUGCAACAGAUUAUUUUAAUAAAAAUGUAGGUUUCACAUUUGCGAAGCUGUGUAAUCAUUAAAUAAGCUGAACCUAGAAUGGGUACUCAAAAUUAUUAAUUUUUUUUUUUUUUCUCUUCUCUCUUGUAGAAGUUGUAUCUGUUUCUGUUCCAAGACAUCCUGGUUUUAACACGUCCAGUUACAAGAAACGAGCAUCACUAUUAUCAGGUUUACAGGCAGCCUAUCCCUGUUCAGGAACUGGUUCUAGAAGAUCUCCAAGAUGGGGAUGUGCGGAUGGGAGGUUCUUUUCGAGGAGCAUUCAGCAAUUCUGAUAAAGGUAUGUUGCUUUCUGCAAGGUUAUUCCAUGUCUAAAAUUGUACAAUUUAAAUAGCAAAUCAUGCUAUGUUGCAUAAUGCAAAUAGUGUACCAUUAAUCUAAAAGAAAUUACCACUGUGCAUUUCAUGUCAAAAAGUUUAGUUAUGAGUUUCCAACCUAGUUAGCCGUAACUUUUUAUAGUUUAUAUAAAAUACUUAAAUUGGCUAAAUAAUAACCAAUUAUAUAACUUUGUGACUAAGUGUAAUCAUAAAAUUUUUAUUUUUUUUAUUUUUUUUAACAUAAUUACACUUAUUUUGUACCUGAUGAACAUUUUUCAGCCUUGAGGUUUACUACUUUUAAAUUAUGUAAUUUUUGAAUAUGUGUGUGUAUAUAUAUAUAUAUAUAUUUAUUUAUUUAUUUAUUUCUUAUUAAUUCUAGCCAAAAAUAUAUUCAGAGUUCGUUUCCAAGAAGCCUGCCAUGGCCAGAGUCAUACCCUUCAAGCAAAUGAUGUCUUUCACAAACAGCAGUGGCUCAAUUGCAUUAGAACAGCGAUUUCACCAUACCAGCAAGCAUCUCCAACAGAAGUGAAGGAGCUUCCUGAUGUCAAUGAAGAAUGUGAAGAAAACCAACCACCAGUGCCAAACAUCAAAGGACAACGAAGGGAGUCAACCAUAUCUGGUGUUAUGGAUAUAGACUUAGACGAAAAUGAGCAAAGUCCUGUCUUGGACACCUCAAAAGACAUUAAAAUUGUGAAAACACAAAGAACACAGACUGGUAGUUGUAAAAUACGAGAGAACACACAGCAGAGCAUUAAACGAAAAGAAACCUUGGUUUAAGUUCCAAGCUGACAUUUGGAGGGACUUGUUAUUUAUAAAUGUGUACAUUUUUUUUCCCUUGUAACGUCAGAAUGUGUGGAUUUCAUUUGAUCCUACUGUACUGUUUGCCUUCUUCCCCUUUCAGUGGCAGCUACUGGUAUGCAGUUGACAUUGUUAAAACUGGAGUCUGUUUUCUUGAUGUUUGAAUAAUCCUAAGUGAAAAUAAAGGAACUCCCCCCCCCAUGGAACAAUUUCUAUUUUCACAUGUAAAUAUUUAUGCAUGCAGGAAGUUGCAUGUGGAGUGAGAGAUUCCUAAAGUGAAAUUUCAUCUAGCAUCUAUAGUUGUGUUCAAUGUUUUCCAGGGAUUUUUCCAGCUGUAUGCUCAAGCAUAUUUAAGCAGUAACCUGAGCCACUAUUUUAUGUCCUUGCAGUAUCCCAAAAGUUUACCCUUUAAGGACCAGCAUUCAUUAUUUGUAAUCAAACCAAUUCAGCGUGUAUAGGCCCUACUCUGUCAUAAGCAGUCAUAUUCAAUUCUAGAGCUACUAAAGGGGAAACAGGUCAUUUUAAACGCUAUAUUUUGACAAUAGAGUAGAUCGUCCCUGGUCCUUUAGGGUUAAUACAAAACAAAUCUAAAACAGACUCUGAGAUUUUAACAGGUUUUACAUGUUACCUACUGGAAAUGUUUCUUGUUUACUGUACAUUCCUCCUUUUUAUAUGUGUAUCCUGACAAGUAUUUAAUUUUUUUUAAGUAGCUUAGGUUUUUUUUUUUAAUGUUUUUUGUAUUUUGAAGAUGGGUUUGAUUUUCUCUAAUCACAUGUAUCCAACAUUUUGGAUCAUAUUUACAUACCUUAAAGGGCAGCUGGAUGAGAAAACACUUAGUCCUUUACUCGUAUUUUAAUUUUUUUUAUUUGUUUUGUAGGCACUAUUGUGUUAGAGGUCAGUAGGAAUUCAGAGUUGGAACUAGUGAAGGAGUUAAGCAAUGUUAUUCUUAAUUUGUAGAAGUGAGGUUUUUUUUUUGGUUUCAAAGACAAACCACUUGAUGCUUAGUGGGCCAUGGAAAUGGCAAGGAUAGGAUUAUGAAGGUUUUUUUGUAUGUUGUAGAAGGUCAGAGGGCAUGUUGUAAAUAUAUAUAUAUUUUUUUCGAAAGAGUUUGAAAGAGAAGGUGAAACGGACAAACCUGAUAUCAGUAUGAUUUUACCAAAUGUCUGUCAGAUAAGAAAAGUCAAGCUCAAUAAUGUGAAAUAAUGGUAUUUAGCAAUAAGCAACAAAACUUAAUGCUGAAAAUGUUGAUACAGUGUUUGAAAGAUAAUCCCUGCCCAUCCAAUUUACUCUGCUGUACUUUGCAUAUACUGUAACAUUUUCCUUCUGUUGGAUGUGCUACCAUGAUGGGAUUUCAGAAAUUGUACAUACAUGAAAUAAGCGGUUUCUGUAAAUUGUUCUGUACAGCUAUACGUCUUCAAGUACAAUAAAAAUCAAAAAUCCCAGACAUCUGUUCUUUCUGCAUGUGAAAGAUUUGGCAGUGGAAUGUUGUACAGAAUAGGAAUCCUGGACCAAGUGAACGGCUGCAUGGACGAAAGGCUGCCUUGAGUCUAUAACCACCUAUUCUUAAAAUACUUCCUGAAACAACUGUUUUGCCCUCCUCCUCCCUGAAGGGUUAUAGAUUCAGAUGAUAAAUCAGAUUUGCUUUGUAGUUUGAAAUGUUACAUUUGAUUGUUAUCAAGUUAACUUAGGAAUAGGAAACCAUUAUACAACUACAAAACAUUUAAACUUUAACAACAACAAAAAGUGUUUUAAUAAGAAUCUUACAAUUUUAGGUUUUUACUUAAGUACAGGAAUUGGUGGCACACAACUCCAGAUUUCUGUAAGAAGAAAUGGAGCACUCUAGAUCUUGAUUUUUGUAAGACAUCCAAAGUGUGGAAUGUCAGACUUAAGGGUUUGAAAAAACAUAGAACUGUAAGGACCCUCUACACCAGGGAUUGUUUAAAUAACUUGCAAGCCUAGAAGUUUGUAUGCAAAAUUAGAAAAUUGGUGAGUUGCUUUAUUUCCGUGUUAAUAUGUAUGCUGAGCAAGUGAAAUAGCACAUUUUAGUAAUCUAUGACACAUAAAAUGGGUCCCGAAAUUACAUCUAUUGCAAAACCUGAGGGAUUUACAAUAAGGGUGCUUUUAAUAAGCAGAAAUGGCAGCGAUGGAUUCUUAAAUAUGGUCAUAAAAUAUUGUUGAAUGGAAAUCGCAUAUGACCAAUAAAAUUAAAGCAUGAUGGGCAAAAACCUAAACUUUCUCAUUGGUUGUUGUAAAAGUAUACAGACCAAAAACAUCUGAAUUUCAUGAUCAUUUAAAAAAAAAAAAGUCCAUGGAUUAAAUAUUGUAUUUCAAUAGUUUUGUCUGUCAUUUUUCACCUGGCCAAAGCUGUUUACUAGCUACAAUUAAAACCCACUUUUCUUUUGACAACAUAUUGCAUGUGGGCAUAAUUUUAAUGGAACAUAUCCUAGUUAAAUUGAACAAGUAAAGAUGAGGAAACCUUUUGAUCACAAAUGAAGCUGCAGAGUAAAUUUCAAGAGGGUAAUGGCAUGUGGCCUAAAGACCAAGAGAUGUCUAAGAGUAAAUGGCAAGUACAUUUAUUACAUUGUUACUUGAACAUGUUAUUAGUUCUUAAAGGACUACCAAGCACCAUACCUCUAGACCCUGCUGUAGUGGUUUGGUGCCAGGUGUGUCCUAGUGCCACCUCAGCGUAAUUUGUCAGUGUUGGGAACUGGGUCUCCUGGGUGUGUGUUGGCUGUAAGAACUCUUAUCUUUCUCAGCCAAUUAAAGUGUCCCUAAAGGACUCUGUUUAACACAGUGGAGCUAACUGAAUUUUCAUGCAAGGAUAAUCUGGAAGGUAGCCAUGCUAAGCUAGUGACACUUCAGAUACUAUAAUGCUUUAAAGGAAGGUUAGGCAACAUUUGGCACUCCAGAUGUGAACUACAUUUCCCCUGUUGCUUUGCCAGCAUUCUGGCUUUAAAAGCAUUAAGGGCGAUGUAGUCCACAACAUUUAGAGUGCCCAAGAUUGACUACCACUGCUUUAAAAGGUUAUUUUAAGCAACAUAACCACUACAUCCCACUGUGCUUAUGAUGGUAGGAGUAUCCGGUCCCCAUCUCUUAGCAAUGGAGUAAACUGGUUUUCAACGGUUUGCCCUUCUACCUUACAGUUUACCCUGGUCUCCACCAGAGUGGUCCUCUAUGGCUGUUGACUUGCAUAUAUGACCCUUCAUUAGAUGAAAGCAUCCGCUCACUGCGCUCAGCCAAUGAAUGCAACUAUGUGCAUAUAAAUAUGGCAUUACAUACAUUUCAGUUACACUUCCAGCAGCAAGGGAGUCUAACUCUACAUGUGCAGCGUUUAAUAGCAAAAACACCACUUACAGAAUAAAAGCAUAAUUUUUCAGAUGACUGAAGUGGUCAUGGUGCUUGAAGUAACUGUUGGGAUUUACAUUCAACAGCCAGCCACUUCAAUAGUUUUCCUCUGAAAUAGAGCAAACAUGUCACCAUCCAAAAACAACUACUAGAAAACCGAUAAGGAAAAACAGGAGAUCAUUGGAUAAUGAGUGCGCUAUAUUGGUGAUCAAAUUAGUAAGUAAUCAUUCAUAUACACAGUAUAGCCUUAUGUGUGAAAAUACAGUUGCAUGUAACAUUUAUCUGUGUAUGUGUUGGUUUUAUAAAUGUCUCCAGUUUUACAAUAUAUAAGCAUAGGGUUGGCUUUCUUUUGAAGCCUUAACUUUUAAUUCCCUUGACAAAAGAAAAGCCUGAAGGCGUGUGAAUUAACAUAAUGAUAUUUAGUGCCCACAUUCCUUAGGAAUUCUGGGCAAGAUCUGUAUUGGUGAGAAGGGCCUCCUCAUACAUCCUCUAAUUGCAAUAACAAUCCCAGCUUUCUAGUGAUCUCUCCCUUAAAUGUUUAAAGCGGCAAUGUUAGGUUAAAGGAACGUACAUAGUAGGUGCUUUGAGGAAACGUGACCAUAUUUCUAUGUACUGUUAAAAAUAAAUGUAGCUUUGAAGAAUAAUUUAUUAUAGCUUGCAUUAAAAAGUAGAGUAAUAUUUUUUUCCAUAGUUCCCUGUUCUAUAUAUAUAUAUUCUGUAAAUACAGUUCUUGGCUUCACACUGAAAUCUGUACAUUGCACAGCAGGCGACUGUAUAUGGAUAUAUUCCAUGAACCAAGCUAUUUGUCGAAUUUUAAUAGAUUUGUGCAGCUCUUAUUAGCCUAAAUUCCAAUUUAUUCAUUUAGGAGAGAUGAGAGUCCACAAAGCCAAUUACUACUCUAGAGCUACAAGUUAUGAUGUCAUAUACAACUAUACUAUUCAAAAACUGAAUUUAUUGAGCAAAGCUUUUUUUAACCAAAGGAAAAAAAAAAUGAAAUUGAGAUAACAAGACCUGAACUACAUGCUAUAAAUCAUACAGCUCUGUGCUAGUGUCCCUUUAAACUACAUUAAUAGUUUUUACAGACAAGGCUGAACUUGCUUUAGAGAAGGAAAAGAAGACAGGACUGCUGUUUAGAUUUAGAUAAUGGGUGUUUUGGAACAAAGCCAGACAAUCUCAAUCCAAAGGAAUCCGAUCUUUUUGUAGGAACUGCCUUGGGUUAUUCAGGAAGGUGGAAAAAUGGACUAAAAUACAUUAUGUAUGGAAUGGUUGGCUUGUGCUAACAAAAUCCCUGUUUUUCCAUUCUAUGUAUCUGAACAUUUUAUAUUUGAGAAGGAAAUGUCAGUUGUUUUGUGUCUACAAUGUAGAUGUUCAUGAAAUCAUUAUAAAGAUAGAAUAAAGGGUAAAAAAUUGUAAAUUAAAAUACGACUGAUUCAUGUUAGUGGUACACGGACUGUCCUGCAAAAGGGUUAAAUAACAUAAAAAAGGGGUGUUAUUUAUAAAAUAGUGUGCAAGCUACCUUUUUUGGAGAGAAGGGGGGUAAAGAAUGCUAUGGCUGUUGCUGCCAUCCAGUAAUGUGAGUUUGACUUCGGGGCUUAAUUUUGUGUGUUGAGGCAUGGACUCCACAAGCCCUUUGAAAGUGUCCUGUGGUAUCUGGCACCAAGACAAUAGCAAGUUGUGAGGUGGUGUCUCCAUGGAUCGGAUUUGUUGUUCCAUCACAUCCCACAGAUGCUCCAGCAGAUUGAGGUCUGGGGAAUUUGGAUACCAAUGCAACACCUUGAACUCUGUCAUGUUCCUCAAAACAUUCUUGAACAAUUUUUGCAGUUGGGCAGUUGCCUUAUUGUGCUGAAAAAGAUCACUACCGUCAGGGAACAUCAUUGCAAUGAAAGGGGUGUAUGUGGUCUGUAACAAUCUCUAGGUAUGUGAUACAUGUCAAAAUAAAUCCACAUAAAUAUCAGGAUCUAGGAUUUCACAGCAGAACAUUUCCAAGAGAAUAACGCUGGCCUACCUACUUCCCAUAGUGCAUCCUGCUGCUAUCUCUUCCCAGGUAAAUGAUGCACAUGCACAUAGCCAUCCCCCUAAUCUAAAAUAAAACUUCCAUUGUUCUAUGGUCCAGAUAUGAUGCGGACAUCUCUAUUGAAGGUGCUUUUGGCAAUGGAGAGGGGUCAUCAUGAGCAUUCUUACUGGUAUAGCUCUACGUAGCCCCAAACGCAGCAAAUUGUGAUGCACUGUCUGUUCUGACAUCUUUAUAUCAUCGUCAGCAUUAAGUUUUUCAGCAAUUUGAGCAACAGUAGAUCAGAACAGAUGGGCUAGCUUUUGCUCACUAUGUGCAUCGAUGACCCUUGGGUGCCCAUGACCCUGAUGCUAAUACACUGGUUGUCCUUCCUUGCACCACUUUUGGUAGGUACCUACCACUGCAUACUGGAAACACCCAAUAAGUAGACGUUUUGGAGAUGCUCUGACCCAGUCUUCUAUCCAACACUAUUUUCACUUGCCGAUUUUUCCCGCUUCCAACACAUGAAAUGCAAGAACUGACUGCUGACCUGCUGCCCAAUAUAUCCCACCCCUUGACAGAUGUCGUGGUAACAAUAUAAUCAAUGUUAUUUACUUCACCUGACUGUUUUUAAUGUGGCUCAUCAGUGUAUGCACUGGUUUUAUAAAUGAUUUUACCAUUUAUUACAUUUGCAAAUAAGUAAUAUUACUUUGAAAUUUGUAAUCUGGAUUAAAAUACAAAGAGUGAAGAGAAACUGUAAAAAAUAUGGAACAAAUUAUAGAAUAAUUAGGCAGAAAUAUGAGAAGCUCCAGGAAAAACAGCAUAGAAAUUGGAUGCAAUACUUUACAUUCCGAGUACCCUACCCAUUUUUACACUUUUUAAAGUGUAAAAAGUGUAAGGAGCUCCCUAGUAUCUCAGUUACAUGGUUAGCUCACUCUGUCAUCUUGCCACGGUUAAAGGACCACUCUAGGCACUCUAAGUGGUCUGGGUGCCAGGUCCAGCUAGGGUUAACCCAUUUUUUUAUAAACAUAGCAGUUUCAGAGAAACUGCUAUGUUUGUAAAUGGCUUAAUCCUUCCUCCAAUUCCUCUAGUGGCUGUCUCACUGACAGCCGCUAGAGGCGCUUGCAUGAUUCUCACUGUGAAAAUCACAGUGAGAGCACGCAAGCGUCCAUAGGAAAGCAUUGUAAAUGCUUUCCUAUGAGACUGGUUGAAUGCGUGCGCAGCUCUUGCUGCGCGUGCGCAUUCAGUCGAAUGGGAGGAGAAGAGGAGGAUCAGAGGAGGAGAGCUCCCCGCCCAGCGCUGGAAAAAGGUAAGUUUUAACCCCUUUCCUCUCCCCAGAGCCGGGCACCCUCAGGGCACUAUAGUGCCAGGAAAACGAGUAUGUUUUCCUGGCACUAUAGUGGUCCUUUAAUAAAAUGAGUACUGUUGGGACCUCGUGAUGUAUUUGGAAGCUGGCAAAAGGUAAAUGUAUCUUCCUGAUAUAUUUACUUGGUAUUAAAAUUACAUUGUCCUUCAAUCUAUUUCUCAAUGUUGCAACUAUGCCAUAACUGUGAUAGCAUAGCUUUACAUAGAAACAUAGAAUGUGACGGCAGAUAAGAACCAUCGGCCCAUCUAGUCUGCCCAAUUUUCAAAUACUUGAAUUACUAGUUCCUGGCCUUAUCUUAAGUCUAGGAUAGCCUUAUGCCUAUCCAACGCAUGCUUAAACUCCUUUACUGUUUUAACCUCUACCACUUCAGCUGGAAGACUAUUCCAUGCGUCCACUGCCAUCUCUGUAAAGUAAUACUUCCUGAUAUUAUUUAUUCUUUAUUUAUUUAAAGAAAACCAGGCUAAAUUAUGCUACAAGGCAAACAACAAGUUGCAUGGUGUCUAAUUGCUUGCUGAAUCUAUUAUUUUCUAAUUUUGCAUUUCUUAAGGUGCAUUUCUAACAUUGUACAAACCCAUUAGAAGAUGGAUUAAAGGAUCACUAAAGCCACUCGGACUUACUCAGUCAAUCACUAACAACAAAGUGGUCUAUGUUCAAUGGUCCUAUAAUUUUAACCCUUUAAAGUAGAGUUAAGCACGCCUCUAGUGGCUGUCUUUCUGACACUUCCACCUCCAUAACUGAGUAAAACUUGGUUCUUCAAUCAAAUGCCGCUGAUAACAUUUGAUUGGAAGAGAGCAAGGUUUUGGUGCAUGUUCUCAUCUCCAAGAUCACGGGUGACUAUGUCUAAGGUGGAGCUGGAGGCUACAGCAGAGAUAAGUCAUUUUUAUUUUCAGAAUCGUAGAUUACAUUUAAUACUAGAGGAUCUUUAUAUACGUUGAGUAAUCUUCAGUUAAAUGAUAAAAACAGUGAUCUUUGUCACAAACCUAUGUUACAAGAAUUAAGUGCUGCAAUUGUAGGGGGUUGACUUUGGAUGACCAGUUAUUAACGUAAUGAUUUCAAUACCCUGUUUGUUAGAUACUCUCUCUGUUAGCAAACUAUGCGGAGUGCUACACUUUGCAAAACUAUGACAAAUAUUUGCUUUCUGUCUGAUAGGUCUAAUAGCUCUUUUCCAUUUCUCAAGUUUGUGGCUGAGGUCAUUUUAGCUGUAUGCGGUCAGUUCACAUGAGAUUGUGACUUAUACAGAAGAGAUCAUGUAUAACUGUAAAUGAAUGAGCUAGACAUCGCUUACUGUAAAUAAGUAGUUUAGAAUGUGGUAUUUCCUGGUGAAUGUUUUUUUCCUUGUGUAUAACAACCCAAUAACUCCCUCCCCAAACUCGCCCCAGUGGGGUGAAACACAACAACAUAUCCAAUUAUGUGAUACUUUUUUUUUAAUGUAGACAUUAAAAGAACACUUGGUAGCAUAAAAACCUAAUUUACAUGAAGCACCAGAAGGUCCCUGGUGCUUGUUACCCGUAGGGGUUAAAUCAUUCAUUAAGUACCUUUUUUAUAAACGGGGAGCUACUGAUUGGCUUAGAGUGUCAAAUUACCGCUCUGAGCCAAUCAGCGACAUCCAUGCUUCCUCUUGCUGAAUUUCAGACAUCGGAUGCUGAUGAGGACAACGAGGAACAACGUUGUGUUAGACAUGAUAAUAUGAUAACCAUCAACAAUAUAGUUUAAUAUCUAGCAUAACAAUGCAUACCACGAUACAAUACUUACUUAUACAUACUAGACCAAGACAUAUUAAGUUGUGUACGACGGGGGAUGCAGAACAGCCAAAACAAUAUAUAUUGCCUUAACAAAGAAAAGAGGGCUCAAUUAUGUUGGAAACUUUAGUAACCAACAUUGCCAUACCCAUCGGAAAUUUUUAUACUGCUGCUGGGCAGAAUAAUACCCCUUUUCCAUUUGAGCCUGAUGUCUAAUUUGAUGAAUUAUCACCUUAGUUCUUAUAAUAUCUUUUAUAAUCUUUAAAGCCAGUAUGCGUUGUUUAAACAUAGCUUUAUUCUUUUUCGAUAAUAUAUCUAAAUCCAUAUGGAACUACGAGUGUUUUUGCAGAAUAUUUCCAGUGAACCUUUCUCUCUAUAUAUUGUAUCAAUUUUUUAUUGUCAGUGAAAUACUUGGAAAUACUUCAACUAUUUUGAGAAAUCUUUUAUUUUCCGCAUCCUGUUUUUCUCAUCAGAUACAUAAAUAAAAUAAAAAAUAAAAAUAAAACUCCCCGAAAAAACCCAUACAGAAAACCAAAAGCAGAUUGUAUUCACAUAACGGGAAUUAAAUCAUUUUUUGUAAAUGUAGUGAUAGUAUUCAUUCCUUACACAAUGCUUUCCUGCCUUCCUGUUCAGCUUUAGCUGUGUAGCUGUGUAUAGUAAGUAGGGAUUCUAUGUAUGUGAUGAUAUCAUGUCAAAGAAUGUGCUCAUACAGCAUUCUUUCACACCGGUGACAUGACCAUACUGUGGUGUCUGGUUACUUUUAUUUAUUUUUUUAAAAAGAAGAGUCCAGUAGAGUAGGACAUUUUUUUUUUUUUUGAGGUUGAAAAACUAAGAGGUAAUAUGUAAAAGCACCAAGUUACAAAAAUGGUAGUAGAUCACUGGAAUAGCCACCCAUCAACUGAGAAAACUUGAAGCAGUCUAAGUAACCUAUUGAAAUAAUUUAGAGUUAGCUGUGUGACUGUACUAAGGUCGUAGGUUUGUGAAAGAAAUGUCCUGGGUGUCAUUAUCAUAAAUAAAAAAUUAGCAUAUUUUUUCUUUUUUCAAUUUGACAAUUUUUAUUACAUUUUCCGGGGUACAGAAAAGAAAGAGGAAUGUCAGGGGCUAAUCAUUUUUCAAAUAAGCGAUACAUUGUAUUGCAACAAAAAGAUACACUUCCUUUGUCUGGUAGUUUCCUCUGGACCUGUGUUAGGUGUAUCUACUCUCUGUUUUGUAUUGCAAGGAGCCAUGCCUUGUCGCUUCUCAACCGCUUGUGUUUGAAGUUUAACAAUGUGGACUGACAUUGGGGGUAGGGUACAGAUAUAGCAUUAGCAUGGGGGAAGACCAUAAUGCAAUAUGCUGAGUACACCUAAGGUCCUCCAGUAUAAUUUGAAAUUGUGUUUGUUUUGUAGUGUGAUUGUCACAACAGGUUUGCUACAUGCUUUAACAGUUAUCUAUUAAUUGUACACAUAGUUAAAAUGGAGUAACUGAGCAUGUAAUGUAGGUGUAGGUGGCUGACUGCUAGAAAGGUCUUUCCAAUGGUAAAUGACACACAGAUCAUACUGUCACACAGGUGUGGAUCAAGGGGGUGCAUGUGGCAAGAUCUAUUCCUUAGUCAACCAAGUACCAUGUCUUUAUUUUGACUGGAUAUGAGAAGUAAAGCCUUUUUCUUGCUUUGUCCUUGUCGUGUAAGGUCGGAGCAGUGUAGAGAUAUGUGAAAUCACCUCUCCCACAAUCCACGAGUAUAAGACAUGGGGGAGGGAGUUAAUAAGGUGUAUACAUAUGGUAAGGGAGUUAAAAAGAUAAUUAACACAAGCAUCAAAAGAGUGCUUUAGGAAAGUGGUAUGGGCUGCAGAGAGCGACACGGCAACGCAAUUAACACUUAGUUAUAUAUCAUAUAUAAUACAGAAAAACCUGUGUAGAUCGUUUACUCAAAAGUCAGUUGAGGUGAAAUGAAAAAAAAAAAAUACUUUUCGAAUCUUAGGCCAAAAUAGUAGUGAUGUAAACAUUAUUUAGCUCUAGUUUUUCAACUUGGCUAUUUUAGUUUUUUAGAUCACCACAAGUCUUAAUCUAAAGGGACACUAUAACAACAAAUGGUUUAACCCUAAACUAUUUAAGCCAGCUCCCUUUUGCUCUGCUCUUGAAAUUUGGCUCCAUGUCCAAGGCUUAAAAAGGACGCCUUGGUCCGGGUACCUUUGUUAGCUCCAGAUUGAGAAAAGAGAGUGAAUAAGAUCCGUAUGUUUUUACAUAUCUGGUAUGUGGCUUCCUGAUUGAAGUUCGGGUAUGGAGCAGAAGUUCAAGGGCAAAGUAAUUGCGCGCUCACUUGAAGAUUUUGGUGUGGACCUCCUUAUACCAUAACAAGUUUAUUCUGAUUUGUUGUUACGGUGCCAGAAUAAAAAAAGUAAUCCUUUCAUAAAUAAUCCCCCUUAUGUCUGUACUUGCAUUGCUCAUCUUUCUCUAAUUGUAACAGUUGUCACAUAAAUAUUUUAAUUUGUUUAUAAAAAACAACACAACAUUUGAGAACUUUAAGGUAUGUCUUUGCCCAUACUGCAUGGAUUUAUUUUUCUGUCUGCCUUUCAAUUUGCCAUGGUAUCCCAUUUAAAAUUGGGUUCUGGAGCUGUCGCAAAUGAACUGAUUAGGGCAGCACAAAACCAGGAUACACCACUGCCUGUAACCACACCUCCAUUAAUACCCCUUACAAUAAAAGAGUCCCUCUUGGCCAUUCAAAUUGCUGGAAGAAAUGCAAGGUUUAGGUGUGAUGUUUGAGCGAGGUUGAAGUUCAUUACAAUGCAAGCAAUGAAGAAAUUAUACUGCAUGACAUGCAACUUCAUCGUGUGCAUGGCUCCGGAUUCAAGAAGAUACUUCCUGUUUGUUGUAUAUGGAAUCUGAGGCUCUGCAGAGGCACAUAUGUAAUAAUGAGACUACUUGUAAAACUUAGAGAUUCCUUAAAGAACUUCCAUACUACAUCUGAUUUUGUAAAGUAACAUUUAUUUGGAAAGUCUCACAUAGAGCAAGCAGAGAACAGCAAAACAAAAACAUUGGUAAAAGGGCACAACGGUGAGCUAAGCACAGCAAUUAAGCGUAUUCAGAAAACCACUAUUGCGGCUAUAUAAUCCUGUGUGUGAAAUAGCGGCAUAGUAGACCACUUAGUGGUUACAACCCUUUAGUCCAUACUUAGACUAAACUAAACAAGGUAACGUAGCAAAUCUAGAAUUUUGAGAUACGAAAAUUUCAUAUUUGCGUGUUAUUAACAUAAAAAGAAUGAUUUUACUCUGACAGCAUACAUUUUCUGUAACUCUACCCUGUCAGUGUUGCCAAAAUUGAGGCAGUUUCUCUGUUUACACUGAUCAGCCGCAACAUAAAAACCACCUGCCUAAUCUCGUGCUGCCAAAGAGCUCUGAUGUGUAGAGGCAUGGACUUCACAAGAUUUAUGAAAGUGUUCUGUGCUAUCUGGCACCAAGACAUUAGCAGCAGAUCUUUUAAGUCUUGCAAGUUGCGGGUUGGGGCCUCCAUGGAUCAGAUUUGUUGCUCCAGCAAAGCCCACAGAUGCUCAAUCAGAUUAAGAUAUUGGGGAUUUUUCUCUUUGUCAUGUUCCUCACAUUAUUCCUGAACAAUCUUUGAGGUGUGGCAGUGUGCAUUAUCCUCAUAAAAGAGGCCAUUGCCAUCAGCAAAUACCAUUACCAUGGUCUGCCACGAUCCUUAGGUAGGUGGCAUGUGUCAAAGUAACAUACACAUAAAUGCCAGAACCUAAGGUUUCCCAGCAGAACAUUGCCCAGAGCAUAACACUGCGUCUCCUAGCCUGCCUUUUUCUCAUAGUGCACCCUGUAGCCAUCUUUCUCCCAUUCACACACACUCGGCCAUCCACCUGAUCUAAAAGAAAAUGUGAUUCAAUACAAGAUGAAGUCACAUAUGUACGUUCUUUCUCCUGCUCUUUUGAAAAAGGAAUUGUUUAUUUCAAAUUCUCCCUUAAAAAAAGAUUGUUUUAUUUACACACAUGUCUGAAGCAGGUUUUAUAGACGGCUUUAGGAGGCCCCAAAAAAGAGGAGCAUGUUUCAAAAUUCUCUUUCUCGUCUUUCUUCCACGGUAGGUGUGGAAAGUCACACGUCUGGGACCUUCCAGUGAAACUUCUGAACUAUAUAUAUAUAUAUACUCCUUGUGUUUUCCUCUAUUUUUAUGUAUUCCUGGCAUACAGUCAUACAGUGGAUAUAAUAAAGGAGAGAUCUCUGAAUAAUGUUAGAUUGUGUUGUAGAGCAGUGGACUGCCAGCACCACGCAUCUAUCAUGUUUGGAAUCCACACUCCUCCACCUUUCUGUGAUUAAUAAAGCACAGACACUCCACAUCACUGUAUACUGUAAUCAGACAGAUAUUAAAAUGGACAUACGGAGAAUAUGGCAUGAAAAAAAUAGAUAAAACAAGGGAUUUUUGUGCAGGAGAUGAACUGCUGUGCUUCAGUUUUCUAAACUUGUUUUAUAACACAGUUGAUAUAUGUAUUGCUGUUUUGCUUUUGACACAGUUUAUAAGUUGUAUAUUAAACACGAACUCUGUGAUAUUGCCAGAUGCAGAUGCAUGUGUGUGUAUAAGAAGCUGUAGAUUUAUGAAGGGCGGGCUUGCAGCGUUAAGUGUUUAGAGCUAGUCUCAGUAUUCAUCGUUCAGAGGCUUGCAUUGUUGCGGCUCACUGUGCCACUGCGUUGUGAGCUCUCGGACUGUAGUUAUGGCAUAAAUUGCAAUAAACAAAUUUAAAUUUGCAAUUAUGAUAAUUGUUUAUACACAAUUGCGAGGUAUGGUUGCAUAGCCUGUCAGUUGUGUAUACAUAUGUGCUGGUGUGAAGGGGUUAUUGGAAACAAACGUUUAUUUUAGUUGGGCUUUUAAAAAAAAUCUGUCACAAUCUGUAUUUAUCUGGCUGUGUGUAUUUCUGAGUGUGUUUUGCAUUGUCUACCUAUCUGGGUGCCUGAGAGUGUGUGUCUGACAGUGAGUAUCCUUGUAUCUGUAUGUAUGUUUCUCUGAACAUGUGUAUGUUUGUGUAUUGCCUGUGGCCUUUGGGCACUGUGUUUUUGACGAAGCUAUGUUUUAUGACAGUGUGCAUAAUGAUUGCCUUCAGAGGGUGACAAGGUGAGUAAAGGGGUAACUGUGGCAGGAUGAGUGUAAAAGAGCAAGGGGUUGAAUAAGACAGGGUUAGGGCGUGAGUGUGACACAAUGAGUGAAAGUGAGUGUGACAUGGUUUGAGGAUGAGAGGAGGUAUGUAUGACAGGAUUAAGGGAGUAAUGUGAUAGGGUUAAUGUAGCAUGCUUGGGGUUUGAGUAUCACAGGGUUGGGGUGAAUGUUGCAUGGUUGGAGAAGUGAGUGUUACAGGGCAAGGGGGGAUGAAUGUGACAUGAUUAAUGGGGGUUAAUUGAGAGGGCAAGUGUGACAGGAUUAGAGUCGUUAUUGUGACAGGUGAAGUGUGGAAAGGUUGGGGGGCUGACAGAGCUGGAGAUGAGUGUGGCACGGUUAGAGGAGGGAGUGUGUCAGGACGAGGGGAGGUUGGCGUGACAGGAUUGGAGGGGUUUAUUUGACAGGGUGAUUGGUCCAGAGUGAAGGGAGUAGAGUGUGAUAGGGCUAGGAGGUGAAUGUGACAGUGCGAGAAAAGGUGAGUGUGACAGGAUUAGGGGGAUUCAUGUUAUAGGGUAAGUGCUGCAUGAUUGGAUGAGGUGACUGUGACUGAAUCAGGAGGAGUUAAUAUAAGUGUGUGAGGGUGACAGUGUGUGUGGGGGUGGUAGCAGAGUCUGGGGGUGUCAGUUUGUGUUAGGGGUAACAGAGUGUAUGGCGGGGAGUUCCAGAAUGUGGAGGGGGUGACAAUAUGUAUGGAGGGGGGUGCCAGAGUGUAGAGGGGUGACGGUGUGUAUGGAGGGGGUGUAAGAGUGUGGAGGAGGGUGCAAGAGUGCAGACGAGAGUGACAGGGUGUAUGGAGGGGGGUUCCAGAGUGUAUGGAGAAGGGUGCCAGAGUGUGGAGGGGUGACAGUGUGUAUAGAGGGGGCUGCCAGAGUGUGGAGAAUGGUUCCCGUGUGUGUGGAGAGUGGUGUCAGUGUGUGUGGAGAGUGGUGUCAGUGUGUGCGGAGAGUGGUGACGGUGUGUUUGGAGGGAGUGACAGUGUGUAUGGAGGGGGGUGACAGUGUGUCAUAGACCGAGAACCCAACAGUUCAGUCUACCCUAUGGCGAUUAAGGCAGCCACGAGGCCCCAGACAGCGCAAGGCCUUAGGCAGCCGCCUAAAUGGCCUAAUUAGACAGCCGCCUCUGAACACAAGCAACAACCCUAGCAGAAGUACUAACACCAAAUCUAACACAAAACUUAACCCUAACAGCAACAUUGACAGCUAAACUAACACCAAUCUUAAAACUCCCACCAUACAUUACCCCAGUACUGGUCAUUGUGUAAACCAGACACAUGCCCAGUGUGCCAUGAGGGCCAUGGUCCAAGGCCAACAGAGGAGAGCAAGAGAGUGCUUGAUUGCCAGCCCAGAAAAGGGUCUCCACAACUAGUGGAGAGAUCAAAGGUCUCCCUCACUAGCCAGGUCACCCUGAUGCCAAAGGGAGAAUUUGGUCUGCCUUACUCUACUUUAUAAGAACGUCAGUGCUCUGAUACUUUCCACAGAAGAAGUUGUCUGCAUUUACAGAGCGUGCAGACAAGCAGCAUCUCCCUGGCCAAAGGUAAGUCUCAAUGAGGGGGAAUACACUUUAUUUUUUAUAUUUAUAUUUUAAUUGUAUAUACAUUACCUCUAUCCACCCACUACUACCCUAUCCCCAUCACAGCCCCUAUAACUCCACUAUUGUUCCUAUCCCCACAUCAAAGCCCUCUCCCACCAUCACAACCCCAACACUCUUAUCACAGCCCUUAUCCCCCAUCACACUUUGACACAACACACCCUCUCAUAUUGGACUGCUCUGCUUUUUUUUUUUUUAAGACAAUUUUUUAUUAGUUUUCAAGCAUAUGGGGUACAGAAAAGAGAAGGGAGUUAUAGGGGUAGCAUUGGAAAAAAUGCAAACAAUAGGAUAAUGCAUAAGAGGUGUUGACAAGGUUGUCGACACUGUUAUUCCGAGUUCUUGUAGGCAGACCAUAUCCAUAACAUCUUGACACCCAAUAUGUGUAUAAGUAAGGUUACAUGGUGUAGUUUUUUACUUCCGCAAUGUCUACCUGUUGUUAGGCGUCUGUGGGCAAGUCAGUCUGGUUAAGAAGGAGGGCUGGUUCUCUAUGCACGGUGUAGCAUAUCGGUACAUUCUGUUAGGCUAUACAUAAUGUUCUUAGGGUGGGUUCUGGGAAUUUGUGGCCUGGUUGAAUAAAUGUGUCCACUGUUUCCACGUUAAGUGGAACUGCUGUGAUUCUAUACUAUGGGCUAAUGUCAUAUGUUCAUAAACAUGGUAUUGUUGAAUCUUGUCCCAUAGUUGUAACUUUGAGGGGCAUAGGUGCGACUUCCAGUUUGUCGCUAGAAGGUUCCUGGCCGCUAGUAAUGUGAUGGCGCAUACCUGUCUGUGUUCUCCAGUGAGAUCACUGGGGAACAUAAGCAUGAGGUAUGUUUGCGGGCUUGGCAGUAGGUUUACGAUGCCCAGCAUACCCAGCAAUCUCCCAACCUCUGUCCAGAGGGGUUGAAUCACUGGGCAUGUCCACCAUAUGUGAAGGAAUGUGCCUGUAUCUCUGGAACAUCUCCAGCAUGUCGGAUACACUGGGGUAUAUCUUAUGCAACCGAAGUGGCGUCAUAUACCACCUAUAGAGUAGCUUCCUAUGGGCUUCUAUGUGCGUGUAACAUCUAGUGAGUUUUGAGAGGCUAUUUAGGGCUCUUACCCAGUCUUCCUCUGAGAGUUGAAGGGAGCAGUCUUCCUCCCAUUUUGUCCUACAGAGGGGGAUGUGCUGUGGUAACGUUGUUUCCCACAGUUUGUAGUAGAGUGAGAUGGCUUUUGGUUUGCUUGGUGUGGCCCAACAUCUAUCUAAGAUCCCGCCCACUAGUAAUGAUUGCUCCCGAGUAGUUUUGUACAGGUUCACAUGUGUCAGUAUGGUCCCUUUGAGUCUAAGGUAAGUAAAUAUUUCACCCAUCGGUAGGUGCCAUUUGGCCUGUAUGUCUGCGAAUGCCAUUACGCCCUUAUUGUCUAAUAAGUGCUGGACAUUGGUGAUUCCUGCCUUAGCCCAUUUUGUUAGAGGGAGGUCAGGGGAUGCGGCUCCUAAGGCAGUCAGUGGUGCCUGGGUAUGGAAGGAGAUUUUGCACCCCAUUGUGGCCAUAAAUGUGUCCCAUACAUUAAGCGUGAGAGACGUUGUGUGGAAGAGGUCUAGUUUAGGGGUCCAUAGGACGUCAACUAUGUUUAGUGUUUGUAGUUGGGCGUUCUCCAUAUCUAGAGUGUAGCAUUAUACCAGUUGUUAACGCUGUUGCCUUAUAAUAUUGGUUGAUAUUUGGUAGUCCCACUCCGCCCUGUUUGACCUGGGUAUAUAGAAGUCUACUAGGAAUCAUGGGCCUUUUAUUGUCCCAUAUAAAGGUGUUACAGGUGUUUUGUAAGCUUUUGAGCAGAGGUUGCGUUACUUUGAGAGGGAGCAUACGGAAAACAAAGAAUUUUGGGUAGUAUGGACAUUUUGAAGGCAUUGAUCCUUCCUAACCAGGAUAGAUGCGUGUGUUUCCAUUUUAGGGUUUCCGCCCUGCACAUGUGUGCAGUGGUGUAUCCUGGUUUUGUGCUGCCCUAGGCAGGACAAAACUCAGGCGCCCCCCUCCCCCCCGCGCCACCCCCACCCAACCCUUCCCCCGCCCCACCUACACACACACAGUCACACACACAACAAACACACACACACACAGUCAGACACAGUACACAACACACACACACAGUCAGACACAAACACACACACAGUCAGACACAUACACAGACACACACAACACACACACACAGUCAGACACAACACACACACAGUCAGACACACACACACACACACACACAGACACAACACACACACACACACAGUCAGACACACACACAGUCAGACACAAACACACACACACAGUCAGACACAAACACACACACACACAGUCAGACACAUACACAGACACAAACACAGACACACACACACUCACAAACACACACAGUCAGACACAAACACACACACACAUUUUUUUUUUUUUAAAUCCCCCCAACCUCCUUACCUUUGGGAGUGCUGGGGGUCUCUCUCCCUGGUGGUCCAGUGGCUGCAGGGCGGGCGGCGCUGGCAGGCGGGCGGGCGGGUGGCCGGCGAGGGAGCACUUCCCAUGAGCUGACUGCUCAGCUCCCUCGCGCGUCGGCUACAGAGUGAGGCUGGGAACCGGAAGAUUACGUCAUCUUCCGGCUCCCAGCCUCACUUUGCGGUGCGCGAGGGAGCUGAGCAGUCAGCUCAUGGGAAGUGCUCCCUCGCCGGCCGCCCGGGAUGUCAGUUAGCCGCAAGGCUAACAAGGCAUCUGCCCUGGGCAUUUGGGGGGCGGCGUUUUUUGCCGCCCCCUGAAAAAUGCCGCCCAAGGCAAAUGCCUUGUUUGCCUCGCGGUUAAUACGUCCCUGCAUGUGUGGUAGGGGUAGGUAAUUUAAUUUUACAAUUUUAGCUAUGGAUGCUGCGAUUUUGACCCCUAGGUAUGUAAGGGAGGAAAGUCUCCAGUAAAAUUGAUGCUGGCGUUGUAGUAUCUUUGUGCGUUCCAGUGGUAGGUUAACUGUCAGUGCUUGAGUUUUAUCUUGAUUAAGUUUAUAAUGGGAAACUAGGCCGAAGUCGGUAAGGGUGUUCAUUAGGUGUGGUAGGGACUUCUCCGGGUCUGUCAGUGACACCAAAACGUCGUCGGCAAACAACGCCAGUUUGUGUUCCUGGCCUUGCACAAGAAUUCCCCUUAUGUCAGAACUUGUACGAAUUUUAAGCACUAGAGGUUCCAAUGAUAGGAUGUAGAGGAGGGGGGACAAGGGUCAGCCUUGGCGUGUCCCAUUAGUGAUGGACAAUUUGUCAAAUGUGAAACCUCCAUUGGAGACCUUGGCCACAGGUGCACUAUAUAGUGCUUCUAUCCCCCUAAUCAUUUCGGGUGGGAAUCCGUACCUCCCCAAGACUUCAGACAUGUACUUCCAAUUGAGGCAGUCGAAGGCCUUCUCUGCAUCUAGCGCCAGGAGAAGGCCCCCGGUGUUAUUUUUUUCCAUAUGUGUCAGUAUGUUGAGGAUUCGUCUGGUGUUAUCUGAACCCUGCCGUCCCCGGACAAACCCUGACUGGUCGUUGUGUACUAAGUGUCUGAGGUGUCUGAGGAGUGGUGCUAUUCUGUUACUAAGUAUCUUGGCAUAGAUUUUAGCGUGCCUAUUUAGUAAAGAGAUGGGUCUGAAAUUCUUACAGUGUAUCGGUGGUUUCCCUGGCUUGGGGAGGGUGGAGAUAUGGGCCAGGAGCACUUCUGCCGGUAGGGCCCCUUGGUCAUUGCUCUGUCUGUACAGUUUCAACAAGUGUUCACAAACAGUUUGUAAUAGGCGUUGGUGAGACCAUCAGGUCCAGGUGAUUUGUCGAUGGGUAAGUUUUUGAUCACCAAAGUGAUCUCCUCUAAGGAAAUAGGCUGUCGUAAUGACUGUAUUGCGGUCGGUGUCAGGGAGGGUAAGCGAAGGUCUUUUAGGAAUCUGUCUAUGUCCGCUACGGUCGGGACCGCAGUAGCUUCAUCUUCAUGUAGGUUGUACAACUGACGAUAGUAAUCUGCAAACAUGUUAACAAUUUCUCCUGGAUCAAUGAUUUUAUUGAGGUAGGCAAUCCUGGAGGGGAUUGAUUUUUGUUUCAAUUGCUCUGCUAGCUUAGCACCGGCUCUGUUCCCUGCCGCAAAGAAUUUGUGCUUUGAUUUUCAAAGGAGGUAGGUUGUUUUGGUUAAGUCUAUAUCUCGUAGUUGUGUUUGUAAGCUCAAAAGCUUCUGUUGUAACUCCGGGGUGGGUGCGUGUUUGUUUCUGUGUGUGAUAUGUUUGAUCUUGUUUAUAAGAGCUAGGUAUUGUGCCUUUUGCGUCUUAUAGGCAUGGCUGGCGUGCUUUAUAAAGCUGCCUCUAAUAACUGCCUUGUGGGCUAGCCAGACAUAGUCUGGAUCAAUGUCCUGCCUAUCAUUGUCCGCAAAAUAGUUUUGCAGGUCCAGUGUAACUUGCUAUGUGUGUUCGUCAACAAAGUGUUAUUUAACCUCCAAGAUGUCUGGCCAGUAUGAGGAAAUCGGUCCUUGAGUGUUAACGUGAUAGGUGCGUGGUCGGACCAUGUGAUAUCCCCGAUGGUGGUGUCUAGUAUCUUUAGGAGGGAAGUAGAUCUAACCAGGAACCUAUCUAUUCUGGAGUAGCUAUUGUGUACCGCCGUGUGGCAUGUGUAGUCAGUUUCAUUGGGGUGUGUAAUUCUCCAAGGGUCUACGUAAUUGUGUGUUGCUAGGAUAUCGCAAAUGUUGUGUGAUUGUGCGAGCCUUCUCUUAGAGGUGGUGGGUGCUAUCGUAUGUGAGGCAGAGGAGUCUUUAAUGCUAUCGACAAGGAAGUUGGUGUCGCCUCCAAGUAUUACCUCCCCAAAGCUGUACAGAUUCAACAAAGCAAAUAUUCGGUGCAGAAACCCCUCCUGAUUUUCAUUGGGCCCAUAUAUAUUCAUUAAUGUAAAGGGGUUGUUGUUAAGAUGGCACUGAAUGAUGAGAUAUCUACCUUUCCUAUCACUUAUCUUGCGGACCAGCUCGAAGGUGACGUGUCUGCUUAUUAAAAUGGAGACUCCUCUUUUUUUUGUGGAGCAGCAGGCGUGGUGGUCAAUAGGGAACCAGGGGGAAUUAAAUCUGGGCCAUGAACCCCAUUUAAAAUGGGUUUCCUGGAAGAAAGCUACCUGUGCGUUUUGCUUUUUGGCUUCUAAAAGUGCCAGUCGUCGUUUAUGGGGCAUGUUCAGCCCUUUAGUGUUAAGAGAAAUUACUGUGAUCGACAUCACUCCAGCUAUAAUUUAUUGGGUGGAGGUGAGUAUGGCUAUGCUGUACUACCUAGCCCCUUUUGUCACCUUACUUCUUCGGUAUCGUUGGUAGGGUUGGGAGGGGUGUGGUAGGGUAUCAAUGUACAACAGUACAACUUGAACUAUAUACAAGACCCGUUAGCCGGGAGGCUCAGCGCAGAGGUCUGCCGACGGGUAAUGAAGUGGCUUACUAGGUAAACCACUUGGGGCGCUGUGGGCGCUGGUGAUUGGUACCUGUUACGAUUUUUUUUUUUUUGGGUUAGGUUACUCUGAAUUGCCGGCAACAACCGGACGUAAUGCUAUAUGUCUACCUUUCCCGGCUGAUACACCGUACAGGUGGUACUUCUUAACGGUACAGUUAGAUAUAGAUAAAGGGAAUAACAGUGCCAAUCAAUUAAGGUAAACAAUGAAAUGGUUCGCCGCCUGUGUGGACUCUCGGCUGUGAAACACAUUGCAAGUGAAGACAGCUACUAGGAUGCACCAGGGGGGAGCCAAGUGUACAGUUUCAUGUGUAAGAUACAUAUCUGUGAUCAAUCAGUGUUGUUUGGUAUCGUUGGGGCCCAGCGUGCCAUUGUGGUGUGGAGAAGUUGCCGUUGAUCCCACCGCGUGCCAUGGGAUAGGUCGGUAGUCCCUGGGUUGCUUUCUGGGUGGUGAAGUCGCUGGCGAACGUGCGUUGUCUAGUCGUGCCAUUGGGAUGUUCCACUCUAAUAUUUUCGUGGGAUACCCCCAUUUGUACGGAAUAGCUGCAUUCCUGAGCGCCACGGUGAUAGGUGCAAACGCUCGUCUCUUUAACAUAGUUGCCGCGGACAGGUCAAUGAACAUUUUGACAUCAGCGAACGGCUUUGGCAGGGGUGGUUUGUUUCUGGAGGCCUGCAUUAGGUGGUCUUUGACUGCAAAAUAAUGCAUUCUUGUGAUUACAUCCCUCGGCGUAGUUGGGGGUAAGUGCUUCGGCUUCAGCAAUCUGUGAGUACGAUCCAGACGUAGAUCCGAGGUCUCCAGUGCCGGAAUGAGCGCCUUAAACAUAUCCUGAACAAACUUAGCCAAGUCUUGGGGGCCCACUGCUUCAGGAACACCUCGCAGUCUUAUGUUGUUCCUUCUGUCCCUGUCCUCGUUAUCUGCGAUUUUACCUUCUAGAAAGUGUACUUUUCGCUGCAGUGCUGUGUGCGCUUCUGCCAGCUCAUUAUGGGCCUCUCUCAGCCAAUCCGUUGCCUCCUCCAAGUGUGCUGUCCUGUCCCCCAGGGCCUCACCGAGGCAUCUGUGGCUGGAUGAGUGUUGUGGGUACCAGGGGGGUCCAGGCUUUCUCCACUCUCGUGGUCCGAGGCGGUAUAAUGCGCUCUGUCGGCGCCAUCUUGGUUGCCGUUAUUCUCCAUCGUUAAGUGAGAAUGUAGCGUUUUCUGUUUCAGCUUCUUGGACGAUUUGGUAGUCAUGUCCUCCCCUGUGCCCUCGCCAGCUUGUGGGAAAGAUGUUGGGUGAGUAUUGCUGGUGUCCACGCUGUGUUAGUCCACGGAAUGGCGGAGCUCUCAGAUUAUGCGACUGCUUCCAUGCAGUGUUAGGCCACGCCCCCGGACUGCUCUGCUUUUAAAUGCCUCUUGUUGAAUUUAUGUCCCAGUCUGGCCUUGAAUAACACAAUCAGCAACCCUACAUCCUACUUAUUUUAGGAGACAUUAUAAACUGCUUGUCUUUUGAUCUUAUGGUUUAAUUUGUUGUCGCCAAAGAAAUUUUUUUGUCAAAAUAUAUCUACUUAUGUGUCUGUAUGUCACAUGUCUGUCGAUAUGUCGGUCUGUCCAUCCAUCUCUAAAGAUAGCUGAAUUUAAAUGAUCAGCCAAUUGAAUAGGUGGAGCAACAGCAGCAGAAUAGGUAUGUUAAACAAAUAUCAGGAAAAUCCCAAGCUUAACUUAGCUUAACAAGUUUUCUUCCUAUUAUCUGAUUAAAUCAUUCUGUGCAUUACAUUUUGAUCAUAUUAAAAAUGAAGGUAGUGCAAAAAUGUUGUUUUGCUUCCUAGGUGUUAAAUAUGUCUGCAAACUAAGGCAUGGGUCAUUUGUUGUUCUAGUGUAUUAUACCUUGUUACAAUCAAAAUGUCAAAAUGUUUUGGAAAUAUUGACCUAGACACAUAUAUAUAGCAAGCACAUAUAUAGAUCAAAUUUCAUUUUUAAAUGGCAAUUCCUAUAUAGAUUUUUAUGCCAAUUGCAGUAAGUCCAUUGUGUAUCAUGCACAGAAAAAAAACCCUCUAAAUGGGAAAAUACUUUGAUUCAUGCAUGUGCUUGCAACAAGAUUAAUAUAGUCUAAGUAUGCAAAAAAAAUUCUUGUUAUAUACUCAUAUGAUGACAGGUAAAACGUGAUUUGUCUGAAAACUCUCUUACUUAAAAGACCUUUAGAAGGAGAACUCUCCUGUCCUGAGGACACAGUACAGAAUCCAUUUAAAUAUAUUGUGGGUUAACACAGAUGGGAGCUAGGUGGGUCAAAUGCUUUGAUUUAACAAGUGUAAGCUCCCGGGUAAUGGUUAGGUUGUCUUAAAACACUAUUCUUAGAUUUGAAUGUAUCAUAAGCACAUUUUUAAAUAGCAUAAUCAUUUUAUGAUUAACGACCAGUCUCCCUGUCACAUCAAUAAAAUCACCUGCGCUAAUAAAUGGAGGAAUAUAUGUAAAACUUGCACCUUUGUGUCCCGAGGACUGGUGGAUGAGACUCACCAACAUUUCAAUUCUCUUUUAUCUCUGAUUCAUACAACAUGGAAUUACAAAGUGAUAAACUUGAGAAUCCUUUGAUCAAUGUUGGCUUAAAUGUGUUUUCAACUAUUCUGUAAUUGCUUUCCCACAAAUACAAGUUGAAAGAAACGUUAUCAGUGACAUUGCCCGACACACCUGGCAUUUGACAGGUUUGGUCUAAAAUACGAGAAAGACCUGACUUAAUAAGUAUGGAAUGUGUACUGACUCUGUGAAAAGGCAAUAGGUAUGAACAUACACGCGUAUCUGCUAACAGAACAUUCAUUAGAUUUAGCUGUCUGACCCAAGAUCCGGUUAACCAUGCAAAUGGAAUUGACAGCUUCCCACAAUGGAAUACUAUGCUCUCUCAAUACAUGUUAAAAAAUACUUAUUUGUUAUGCCCUUACACUUCUUAAUGUGGUGUUUUGUAUAAUGCCUUCUUUUGUUCAAGUGCAACUCUAUAACUUUUCUUCUUUUCUGUUGUAGUAACAGUGACAAUACGCUGUGUAUACCAACAGGCAGUACAGAGAAGUCAUUUGAUAUUGCUGUAAUCUAAGUAUCUAUAUGACAUGUUUUGGGCUCAAAGUAAUUUCUUUUUAAAACCAGUGUUGCAAUUUAGCAUUAAAUAAUAGUGCUGCACUUUUACACACAAGACAAAUAUUUUAUGUUGAAAUACGUCAUCUACGUAAUAAAUUUAAUCCCUUUAUAAUUAAAAGUGACCUUCUUUCUAAUUCAAGCCUUUUUUAAUGAAAGCCUUCUUUUAAUCGUGAUUUAUAAUGAGCCUGCAAGUAUAUUGUUCUUCAUCCAAGCCAAAAGACAUAAAAUAUAAUGUGAAUGAUUUGCAGGGAACAAAAUCUGGAUAAAAUUAAGCAACAUAUUAGCAGCAGUUUUAAUGGAGCUGUGGCCUGUAUAGUAAGUACUCCCACUAUAGGCUGUCAUUUAACCUGUGAUGACCUAUAACAUAUUAUUUAAAAAUGGCCGCUUGUGGUAGCAAGAGUUCUGAGGUCAAGUCAUCAAGUCUCAUUGACAAUAAUUUUUUGAACUGAGCAGAGGGUAAUUGAGCAGAAUACCCCAACUGUUCACUGAGGCCUCUCUGUUACAAAACUUCUCUGUAAAACACAAGCCAUUCAUGACAAUGGGAAACGGAGGAUUAACAUUUCCUGUCUAGCGAGAAUAGAUUGUCUUUUACAAUGAAACUAUGCUGAUCAGCCUGGUUUAUUUCCUUUCUUUAAAAAGUUAAUAAGGAUAUCAUUGUAAAUGCUGUAAACAUAAAUAAGGAAUUGUAAUAUUUAAAGAUGUAUGCUUUUUAUCAUAUAUUUUGCAUACUGUGAUCAGAAGCUGGCCUCUAUGGCCUUUCCAAGAAUACAAUGAAUCCCUUGUUUAAAUGCUGGGUCAUGCUGGUUAGACUGACAUGUGACAAAUGUAUAAAUUAUAAGUCAGUACUGGUUCAGUGUUAUCCAUGCAAAACUAAUUAUAUGUUCCUGUGACCUCAAACAUCACAAGGCUAGCACAACGUGAAUCCAAUAACACUGGAUGGUUUAAAGUUGUGUUAUUGCUUUUCUCGAAUGAUCAAGUGCUCGUUUGUCAUGAUAUCAAUGAAAAACUAACAUUCUACAAAAUGAGGGCAUUGUUUCUGGCUAUAGCACACCUGAUGUCAGAGAAUUAAGGGGUUAAUAAUAUCUUAUUUAAAAUGGAAUAUAUACUGUUGUACAUUUUAGAAAGAAGCUGCAGGGUGCCCCAAAAAAUUAUAAAAGAAAAUUAACUAAUCUCUUUAAAAUCUGGCCAGUGAGAAUAUACUUUAGAUGACAACAAUAGCAAGGCUGAGUCACCCCCUUUUACCUCAGCCCAUUAUUGCCAGCCAAACCUGAAAAGCUAAUGCAGAAGAUAACUUUCACUUCAGCAGAGAACAUUAGUUUUAGGCCCCACGAGCGCCCUGUUUUAUUUAAACGGCUCAAAAUUGGUUUGACACUAACAGGGAUGCCACAAAUCAUGGACUUUUGUACCAUAACCAAUACAAUGAACUUUUGUGGUUCUGAGGAAAUAGUGCCUCUUUAAAUGCACACCUCUUUCUUACAACCCACCAUUAUGUGCAUCUGUGGGAAUUAUAGGACUGUAACAUGGAACUUCUGCUCCUACCUAGCUCCUACAAGAUUUGUCCUAUUCCCUAAACAGGACCCACAUUUCCCUUGACUGUAACUAUAUGGCUCCAUGGACUAAAUGCCCUUGUGUUCUCAUAACUAAGGCCGGAUUUCCCAUUAGGCAGAGAAGGUACCGGUAGGGGGCACUUAUAAUGUGCCUUUUCGGAACUUAAGUAAGUUGGUGGAAAGGGAUAAGUACCAAUAUAAACAGUUAUACAGGGUAUAAAACUCAGUGUGGUCCCUGUUUUUUCACAGUCUGUUUGGACUGGACAGGAAGUGAAAGGGAUAACUACCAAUCUGCCCACUAACAGCCUCUCACACAUGAACUACAUUGCAGGAUCAGGGACAGCAUUAAGUGAUGCACACUGUAUAACAGCUCCUGCAGCUCAAGAAUUAAGCAUAGAAGGGUUAUUACAAAAGUCAUAGGAGCAAAAGUACUUUGUAAUAACUCUUCAGACACCACAUUCCCUAAACACCCAUUUCCCCUGUCAGGCUCCCGCGGACGGCUGCGAGGGGAGGCUGCACUCCGCUCGCAGUACUCACCCUCCAGCCGUCCGCGGUCCCCUCCGCCUCGUGGGUACGGCGAGCGGCAUCCUUCCAGCCUCGGAUGCCGCCCGCCGUUCCCUCCACGUCCCCCAGCGGCAGCAUGCAUGACGCUGCACGCUGGGAGACCGCCCAGGGUUAUACACGCCGGGGUCAGUCACCUGACCCGGCGUUAAAGGCAAAGUGCCACAAUCACAGUGGGAGGUCUAAAUAUCUCCCACGUGUGAUUGUUAAUUCUGAUUGGAAAUCAUCCAAUCAGAAUUAACCUGAUGGUUUAAAUACUUACCUUUCCUGUUCCUCCUUGCCCUGUUGUGGUCUUUGCUUGUUAGUAUUGAUUCUGAACUUGUGCUUCUGGUUACGUACUCUCUGGCUUGUUAUCCGACUUUGUGACUUUCUCCUACCCUUUGACCUCGGCUUGUUUCCGUUAUUCUGUCUUCUGGUUCCCCUUACUCGGCUUGUUUCCUGACUAUUCUUUGUGUGCUUAGCCCGGCCACUCUAAGGUCCGGUACGGCACUUUGUGUGUGUGUGUGUGUUGGCGUGUUUGGUUCCCCGAAUCGUGACAUCCCCUAACCCUAAAUGCAAUCCCUUUUCAAAACUAAACACGCUCUUUCCUUAGUCACAAAUUAAAUAACUCAAACUAGAAAAAAAAACUUUUACCUUAAUAUUAGGUUUAACUCCCCAUGUAUGCCAAUACUAUAUUUAAAGGGACACUCCCGUGCCAGGAAAACAAUUAGUUUUCCUGGCACUGCAAGUCCUCUCUCCCUCCCACCCCCAUCCCAAGUUGCUGAAGGUGUGAAAACCUCUUCAGUCACUAACCUGAGACCGCCGCCGAUGUCCCUCGGUGGUGUUUUCUACUCGCCGCCGCUCCUCCUCUUCCUUACGUCAGCCGGUGGGCGAGACUGAUCCCACCCUCCGGCUGAGGAGACCUAAUGUGCAUGUGUGGCAAUGCCGCGCACGCGCAUUAGAGCUCUCCAUAGGAAAGCAUUGAAAAUGCUUUUAAUGCUUUCCUAUGGGGAAUUUAGCGACGCUGGAGGCCCUCACACAGCGUGAGGACAUCCAGUGACGCUCUAGCACAGAAAACCUGUGCUAUAGACACAGAAGUGCCCUCUAGUGGCUGUCUAGUAGACAGCCACUAGAGGAGGAGUUAACCCUGCAAGGUAAUUAUUACAGUUUAUAAAAAAACUGCAAUAAUUACACUUGCAGGGUAAAGGGUAGUGGGAGUUGGCACCCAGACCACUCCAAUGGGCAGAAGUGGUCUGGGUGCCUACAGUGUCCCUUUAACUCCCUCCAACCCAAAAUUGUAAUAUUUCUAAACAUCUCUUAAACCACUACUGUGCCCCAACCUAAAAAAAGUCCUCCUGACACUAAACGCCAUAUGUAAGUUAAGGCUAACAUUAACCCCUCUUAAACCUUAAAUCCCCCUUAACCCUAGCCACAUCUAAGAUCUUUAUUCAACCACAGCACUAAUUUACACAGCUGCAGUAAACAGUAUAUUUUGUAGAUGUUUUAUGCUUACAAUGUGCAGUUAACAAAUAAAUUAAACUCACUUCAUCUUUUUAAUUUGGAGUGUGGGGAGAAGAGGGGGGGGGGAGCAGGGGGAUACCUAAUUCUAACCUGCUCAUACAGGUAUGUUCUUGCAUAACCACAAUGGGUUAUUUUGCAAUUUUGCACUUGUAUGUUCCAAAGCUACGCAGUCUCUUGCCCAUGUAGACUAUUUUUUCCAAACAAUAUUUUCUCAUACUAAAUAAAGGUGACUAGUCUGGUAAAAUUAAGCAUGCUUAUUUUUCCAAUGAAUGGCAGAAUUAUGACGUUGACUCAGGAAGUCCUUGCAAGCUGCAUGGAACUUUUUGUGGAGUUGUUUUUAAGUACUGACCUUAUCUUCAAUUCUCCACCCUUUUAGAGGAAACUGUCAAGUAUAAAGCUAUCUGUGUUAGCAAACUGUAACUUUCUAUUCAUAAUGUGCAUGGAGAAAAUCAAAAUGAACACUCUGGUCCAAAUGUUUUAUCUAAACUGUUUAUACACUGGGUGGAGGCUGCAAUUCAUUUGCUGCCUGCUGUGAUAAUCCAUGGAUGACAUCACGUAACUGGUACGUUACGUGCACAGUGCACUUGGCAUAUACAUCGAUGUAUAUAUUUUACACCUAAUAUAUUAUUCAAUAAACAAUUACAUGACCAUCAGCUUGUAACAUUUCUGCUGAAAUAGUCAAAAUAGUUUGAAGCAUACCAGAGUUGGAGAAUUUACCUAAUGUGGACAUUUUCAUCUGAAAAGGGCAAGAUAGUUGUGAACUCAACCUUUACUGAAUAAACCUUUAAAUGCAACACACUGGGAUGUAGUCUAAAACUAAACUCUGAAUUGUAGCAAUUGAUUAUCUGCAUGGCUAACAUUCGGCAUAAAUCGAUCAUCUGACAAAAUUAUCAUACUCAGCUUAUGUUUUAGCUAGGCUAUAUUAGCCUGUAUGUUCAGAUUUUAAUUUGCUGCAAUAUAGAGAGUAGUGUGAAACCUACUGACAAUCAAAAGAGGCUUUUAAUUGCCACGUUCCACAAUUAUCAGAGGCCAACCUUACUCUCAGAACACUGAUCAAAAACAUUUUUGAAUUCUUAAAUGGUAUAAGACAUUUUUGGUGCAGUCAUUUUGGGAAGGUAAUCAUUAUAGUUUAUAUUGGUAGCGUUAUAUUUGCCUUACUAUUGUAACUAACUUAACUGAUCGUCUAACAUUUAAAAUUGUUAGAAAAGUUUAAAUAAGUUUAUCGGGUUGCCUCGUAUAGUUAAAACAACAUCACCAGUUUACUACUUUAAAGGUUGAGUUGCAACUAUGAAACAAGUUAGAAUUACCUUAAAAUGAGGACCCUUCCAGUUCAUGCCAUAUGAUGUGAUAUUAUAUUACUGUAAUAAAGGUAGUACCCACCUGUAUUUUUAGCAGACUCAUAUGAUGUACCGCAGUUUCAAGCAUUUCAAAUGGACAAAAAGGGACACUUUAAUUUUAGCGGUGUGAGUGGGGUGGCUGUUCUGAGAAAUGUAUAUGACUUACUAAUAAACAUUUAUGCAAGUAAAAUGUAAUUUAGAACAAGAACAAUGUAUCUCAUUUACACAGCCUGAGUUCUAAAUACAUUUAUAGUAGUUUAAAGACGUGUAACUGUGAGUAUUAUUGCUGUGGAACUCUGUUAUACACUCAGACACACCGACAAUAUGAUCUGUUCGAAAACUGGGACAUUAGGAUAGAAAAUAGGAGCAGAAAUAUUUGGAUCCAACAUAGGGACUGUCCCUCUUAAAUUGGGACACUUGGGUUGUAUGCAUAACUAUGGGAUAAUAUUGAUUAUUAGUUCAUUCUAAUUAUCAUGAAAUGUGUUCUGCCAUAGCAUUGACAUUGAUUGUCCGUGAAAGGAAGAUUAGUACUGAUAGAAAAGUAGACAAUGAUACACAGGGUUAUUUACUAAAGGGAAUUCCAAAUGUAAGCCCAGAGUAGCUGAACUGAAAGCAUAGCUACCUUAGAUAAGUCUUCCAUGUUGGAUACUUUGGUCUUAAAUUUUAAAUUCACUUUGAAUUCACUUUUUAGUCUCAUUUUCGUGAAUAUUGCAUAUAGUGUACCUUGUAAAAAAAUUUUUAUACUGAUGACAUUAACUUACACUGGUAGAGGGGAUACCAUCUUUCAAAACAUUUGCAAUGGUGUCUUUGUUGAGGCAGAACUAACUUGUCCUUAUUUCAUAAAGAUUCCCGUGUUGCACCAUCAAAGAAACACCCAACACUUACAAAAUCACUUUUUUGCUCAAUGUCGUGGAUCAAGCUGACUUACACAUUGUGUGCAUUCCUUUACUUUUUUAAAGAAACACAGUUCUCCUUUUCAUCACUGCUUAGAUGAACUUUCAUGUGUAAUAUGUACUCAACCCAAGGAAUAUGGUCAGGACUCAAGCUUUGGAAAGAAAAUAAAUAAUUUGUAGGACGCCUAGAAUAAAAUCUAUGUUAUUUACAUCCUAGGCUUUACAUAGAGAUUAAUGAGUUAAUUGGCUAGAUUUCAUUUAUUUUGAUGUUUGUGCCUUUUUAAUGAAUAUUCCAUGGUAUCAUCUGUGAGUAAGGGCAUCUAUAAAUAUGACAUAUAUUAGUGACUGUGACAAUGUAGGUUUUUCAACGGUCCUUAAUAAAGAGUUGCACUUUUAUUAAAAUAGCUGGAACAUAUUUGCUACUGUUGACACUGUUUCGGCUGAGGCUGAACCAGUAUUUAUGGAAACAUGGUACCAAGAACAUCAAUUUGACUUUUGACUUUCUUCACAGAAUACCAUUCCGUUGAUUUCCAUUAUAGCUGUCUACUUAACAAAAAAAAUAAAAAUGCCCAAGACACCCAAAAUGCUGGAGGCAAAACUAUGGAUCUCUUUCCAAUUUCUAUAUUUGAGAAACCCCCAAACCAUCAUGGUAGUCUGUAUUAGUCGCUCUAUAUUUAACACAGAAAUCUGAGAGGAAUAAACAUAUUCUAAAGGGAAAGGAAGGGGUGACACAUAUCCUGGCACACUUCAAAAGCACAAUAAAUAAGUGGGUAAAUACCCGUACCUUUUUGUAUCCUGCUGUUUCCCAUGCCAGUAUAGCACUAAGUAUAGAAUUUUACCCCAUGACAUAAUGACACUUAUCAUGAUAUGCAAUGCUAUAUGUGACUGAGAUAUUAUUCACGUUGAAAGGUGUGAAGUGUAACUAGAAUGAUUCCUGCAUUUACAUACUUUUAUAUCACAUUUAUAAGAUUGUUUGACCUUUAAUUUCACAAUUUUCAUUCAUAAACAAGAAAGAAUUUAGAGAUUACAUCCAUUUUGAUAUAUUUCCACCAAUCCCCCAGUUCCAUAUUUAUGGAUUACGUUACUUAAGCUAUGUCAACAAGUAGAAGAGAACAAUAGCAAUGUAGUUAUUUCAAACAAUUAUAUACAUUAAAAUAUAAAUAAUGACUAGUCUCCAAACUUUGUGUGGAGAUGUUUCAGAAAGACAAUAUGAAAUUGUUUCAGUUCUUAAAAGCAUCUUUCAGAACUCUGGUAGAUAUCGAGUCUAACAGGGAACUGAAAAUUAAACAUGAAAUUUUGUAUUGCAAAAAAAGACCAGAGGAAAUAGGUAGUUCUUUUUUUGCUCAGAAUUGCUCCACUUUGACAGGAUGCAGAUCUUCACUCUGAGGUUUAUUCAUUAAACACAAAUUGUAGUUAACAGAAUUGCACAAUUUAGGCAAAAUUUGCAAAAGAAUACCACCUCAACUAUUUUAACCUAGAUUUUGCACGAAAAUCUAAACAUUUUAAAUAUUUUUUUCUCUUUGGUAUAUAUCAAGAAGGAACCUUCAACCUUCAACCUUCAACAGACAUGCAAAUGAUUUUUGUAAAAAAAAUGUGCAGAAAAAAUGUAAUUAGUUGACUCAAGACAAGGUGCUGCAUCAGGUAAAAAAAGUUAAUAUAAAUAAACUUUCAAGGCCUGAUGGUAUGCAUCCACAAAUACUUAAGGGGCUAUGUGUAAAAAUAAGCAAACCUCUGUUUUUAAUCUUUCAGUAUUCUUUUCUUUCAGGAAUGUACUAGAGAAUUGAAGAAAGGCAAAUGUGGUUCCUAUAUUCAAAAUGUUUCAUAAUCUUUGCCUGAAAAUUGCAGACCUGUAACAUCUGUGGCUGUGAAGUAAUUUGAAGGGUUAUUACUGGAUAAUUGGGAACAUGAAUUAAUUUGGAACAUCAUUAUUAACAUCAUUGUUAUUAGUUAUACAAUGUAAGCUAUAUUGGAAGGCAGGGAGCCAGUAAAAAUCCUGGGAAAGAGGGAAAUGGAGUGGGUAUUCCAACCUAAAACCCUUUCUCCAGAUGGCCUCAAUCUCGAAUUUGAUCUUUUUAAGGAUCCCCUUUCUCCCUAUAUGUUAGGUUAUUAGAUAAUCCACACUGUAGUAGAGCAGCCCGCAGCUGCUGUUGCAGCUGCUGUCCUUGACCUGUACCUGGCCAGCCUGGUCCCCACUGGAACCCAGGGAAGCCACACACACUGCAAGAUAUACACAGAAAAGCAGAAUAACCCUCCCCUCAUACAAAUAAUAUGAACAGCCCACACACACACAAACAUACACACAAUCCGCACAAACGUAACCCACUAAAAGUCCACAUACACGCACACAACCCCAUAUGCAGCCUCUAACAUGUAAUACCCCAAACACCCCCCACACACUACCAAACACACAAUGUGACAUAUCCAUCCACACACAAUUCCACAAGCAACCCUCAUACACAGCUCACAUUCAUAUGUAUCAUACACAAUACCAUAAACUACUAAUGAACAUAUACAAUAUAAUAGCUUAUACACGCACAAAUACAACGAUACAAAGCAACUGCAAUAAAAAUAACACAAGCAGAAUACGGCAGCAUACACACCUCAAUUUAAAAAAAUAGGACCAGCACGCUACAGGACAUCACCAUUCUCUAUCGGCACAGUGCUGCUAAAAGGUUGCCUACCCCUGUCCUAGAACAUCCCCCAUUGGGAAAGUCCCCGCCCAGCUGCAACUGAGGUUUGCCACCCGGUUAGCCGUAUCACGCACACGCGGGCUCCCUGCAGCCUACAUCUCCCAAGCUUCAUUGCGGUAAAACACGUGACGCAAGCGUGUCAUCUGGAAUCCGGAAGUAAGAACCUUCCUUUUAAUUAUUAAGUUUUAUUACCUAAAUAAGUUCAUUUUAACAAAUUUAAAAGACUUUUUAUAUUUUAUAAAAGAUAAGUAUUAUUGUAAUAAUACCUAUAUUCUGUUUCACACUGUGUUCGUAUAAUUCAUAUGUCUUAGAAAGAUGACGUAAUUUUGGUGCCAAAUUUGAAAUUGUUAACUGAUUUACAGCCUAUAUAUACUGUUCUGUACCAGGUCUGUGUUUUUAAAUUGCCAGUUGAUAAAGCCCUGUGUGGUGAAACCCGUUUUGGCUAUUUUUAUUACUCUUUUAAUGUAUUAAUAAAGGAAUAUUGGCUAUUAUUCUGCAGUUGCCAUAUACCUUUGUUUUUAUCCCUACUUUUAAAGUUUUUUUUAUUUUUUUUAUUUUAUAAUUUUUAUUUAUUUGUACCUGGUCAUUCAUUACAUCGAAUCACUCAUCCGCUCAAGAAUCCCAGGUGGGGAUUAUACCACCUACACUAUAAAAGUAUUCCAUGUUCUUAUUUCUAUCUGCUGUAAUAUAAAUACAGUGAGCACCAUAUUUGUUUUAUCUUCCUUUCCACACUGAGGACCUCUUCUGUUCAUGAACACCUAUAUCCUACCAGUGUGGGAUCGACGCCACUGAAUGCGAGUUAUACCUGAGCUAGUUCCAGCUCUCCAAUAGGUGAGUCCAAUACCUUCCUGCUGUGAAGUUUGUAUUUCUACGUAUUUUAAGUCGCAGUCUGCACUAUUGGAAUUUUCCCCUUUUUAUCUACAUAUCUCCAUCCGGGUCAAGAGAACCAGAUCACUUUUCAGCUCUACAAUCUGCAUAGACCGCCACUACACUCAAGUCCCUACAAGUGGACCUGGCCUUCCACAUGCUCAUUUGUUAUCAGGACUUAUUUCUAUUUUAUCUGAUAUAUGUAAGUACAUACUGUGUCUCUACUAGUCUAUAGCAUAUUGCGGUGUUAUUUUCACCAUUAUUCUAUUUAUUUUGAUUAUAUCCUUUUCAGUGGUUUUUGGCGGGACCUAUAAUCUUUACUCUGUAGAUUUAUCCCUUUUCUUUUGACGAUUUGUGAGGGAACGUCAUAAUUUUAGGUUGCAGCCUUUUUACAUUCAGUCUCAGUUUUCUAUUGAUCACUAAGCGCUGAACCCACUACCUUGUAUCUAGGACAGUGAAUAGCAUAUAAUUUUGCUUUUAUAUAAAUCAGUUGAAUAUGUUGUGCAAUUUUAGACACCCAUUCUAAAAACGUAUAUGAUGCCACUAGAAAAAAUGCAGAGGCAGGCUGCAAAACUAACAAAUCGGAUUUUAUUUUAGUUAUGAAGAAAGGUUAACGUACUUAAAUCUAUUUAGUUUUGAAAAAUGGCACCUCAGAGGGGAUGUAAUAGUAUUAAACAUAUAUUUGGGGCCAAUACAAACCAUUGUCUGAAAAUCUAUUAAUAUACAUGACCAGACAAGAGGUCACCCACUUAGACUGGAAAAAAGGAGAUUUAGUCCAAGGCAAAGAAGAGGGGUAUUUACAGUAAGAACAAUAAGGACGUAGAAUUAUCUACCUGAAGAAAAGGUUUUAUCCAAGUCUGUACAGAUGUUUAAACAGCAACUGGAUGAAUUCUUGCAAAAGCAUAAUAGUCGGGGAUAUAAUUUUUAUGAUAGGUAACAGCAUUUCAUUCUGGGUUUGAGAAUAAUUUUUUUUCCUAGUUUGUUGCAAAAUUUAUAAUCUUUUUGAGAAAAAUAGAUUUGAGAAAAGCUGAAAAGUAUUUUUUCAGGCUAUAAAUGUAAUUCACUAAAAUUCAGGGUUUAAUACAUAGAAAUCCUCUCAUUAUGACAUCCCCAGAGGCAUAACUAAAAGCCACACGGCCUUGGUGUAACAACUGAUGAAGGGCCCCCAUCCUUGCCCCAAGUGUCGUGUGUGAGAUGUUGGCUAGGUAUAAUGUAUGUGUCGGUUGUAUGUAGAGGUGUGUGUGGUUGGCUGAGUGUGAUAUGUAUGUGUGGAGCUGGCCAAAUAUGAUAUUUCUCUGUGUAGCUAGCUGAGAGUAAUAUAUGCAUGUGGCGUUGGCUGAGUUUGGUAUCUAUGUGUGAGGUUUUGCAGAGAUGGAUGUCUGUGAGGAUGGCUGUUGAAGGUUGGGUGGGCAGGCACCUUACAUAAUUGUGUAAGUAUUUAAUAAGAUUUAAAAAAAAUAUGUUUUCUUUAACCCCCCUCCUGCUAAUCUUUCAACAGGGAUGGGGUAUGAUUCCAGUUGGACCAGUGGGGAUAUACUCAUUGGGGAUCUCAUGUGGUCCAGUUUUGAAGGUAUAGUGGAAGAGCAUGUGGUCUGCGCCUCCAGCAGGAAUGUGCACCUGAGCACCCAGACUGCAAGGGAGCAUUUAAAGGGGUCUGCACCUACCAGAGGAGCAGAGGUAGAGUACUACCUAGUGGGAUUUCAUUGUAAUUUAAUAUAUUGCCAAACAGGUAAUAGAUUAAAUAGCAGUUUUGCUAUGGGUGCACCUGCCCAGCCUGGCCACUUCCUGACAGACAUAAAUAACUGGCAGAAAGGCCUGGUCGCAAUUGCAACUGUUGCAACUCUUGUAGUUCUGCCAGUGAGGUUUAUAGAUGCUGCAGUUCAGAGUUUAGUGAACAAUCCUUUUGUUUGUGUUUGCACAAACACAUUUUUCAAUUUUUUCCUAGUCUUCUCUUCUUGCAGAGGCAUUAAGAGCCAGUUAUGAAAAAAAAUAUUCUGCAAAUUUUAUUAUGCAUUCUUUUUAUCAAUGCAUAUGCAUCAUGCUUUAUUUAACCCAUAGUGCUCUUAAAAGAUUGUCAUUAGUAUUUUGGAAAAUCUGCUCAAUGAUGUCAGGUUAUGGCAUUUUACACUUGCCCGUGGUUUGGAAAGAGAGUAGAUACAUCUGAAUACUCCUUUAAAUUGUGUACAAAGAUGGGACCAAAGUAUGUUUUGUUUUUUUUCAUUUAUUUGUCAUGUAAAUGUUGUUUUUUAAUAAUAAUGAAAAUUAUAUGAUUAACUUUAUAUAAAUCUUUACAUCAACAACAGACUUCAUUUCUGGUGGUUGUGGUUUAAUGGUACAGAAGAUUUUCUUUUCUUGGUACACAUUAGGUCCAUUAAUGCCAACUGGACAUGAGAUAAAUUCCAUAUCACUGCUUAAAUUAGGUGCUAGCUAUGUGAAUCCUUUUAUGGCCACUUAUCAACCCAUUUCCAAAUAGAUAUUUCCAGCAGAAUAAAUCAAUAACGGUUAUUGGAUAUAACUGGUUAUUAUUUUCAAUAUUACUAUUUGUUUAAAUUUCAUGCAAUGUGGUCAUUCAUAUGAAACAUGAAUGAGUGAACUGCAAUAUGGACAAAAUGACCAAGCAUCGAAGUGAAAGUGGACAAAAAAAAAUAAAUCAUCCAUGCUCUUUGUUCAUUCGGUGCUCAUCCGAUUACACGGCGGGAGGUACAGACACCCUACUUGUUAUUAGAUCAUUUAAAAUAGAUGUGGCAGAGGGCUCUGCUUCCCUUCCCCUUAUUUCCUCCUCCAAUGAGUGGAGGGAAAGCUGCUCAUUGUCAUAAAGACUAACGAUGGGGCAGCUAUUGCUGCCCAUUCGUAAAUACAGUAAAAAAGGACCUGCCACAGACAAGUCAGCCAAUUGGAUUGACCUUAUUGAUAUUGAAUAGCAUAGGAGAGCCCUUAUUAGACUUCCCCCGCUCUACAAACUCGGUCUGCACAGAGCCCUCAAUGAGUUGAAGAUUGAUCUAUUUUUAAGUAUUAUAUGAAGUUUUUUCCCCAGCGUGUUUUUUUUUUAUUAUUCAACAUUAUUAGGGUUAGGGAGUAGGCAGAUAUUUUUUUUGGAGCCAGACGUGGCUGUGGUCUUGGGACCCCUAUCCACAGGGGUGGUUCUCUUAUAAAACGUGUUCUAAAGUAGUAAAAGUUGGUCAAUUACCAUGGAAACUAGUUGAAUCAGCACGCACAUCCUGUUGAUGACCCCUCCCCUUUAACAUUUUUGCACCACUUUUUAGAACAGUACACUUAAAUAAAUAUUCCCCAAAGUGUCAAUUUACCAUCCUCAUUAAUAAUGUGUGCCCUUGCUCUGCUUGGACUGAACUGGAUUGUAAUUUGCUAAAUCUUUAAAUAUAAAUAUCAAUUUAAAAGAAAAAUAAGCAUCUCUUGAAAAACAAGAUUAACACAAGUUUAAGUCUGUAAGUGAUUUAAAUGUUUCAUUCAAUAGUGAAUUUCCAAGAGAAAUGAUAGUGUCCCUUUAAGUCACAAAUGAGAUUAAAAAAAAAAAAUCCUUACAGAGUAUUUUACCUCUAAUUAAAUGUGAUUCAAAUUCAAACUUGGGUCAUAUCAUUAUUUAGUUACAGAGUGUGUAAACAAGUGUGUGCAUGUUUGUGGAUGUGCCAAUUUUGCAAUGAAAACCUCUUGUCUUCCCAAUUUUCCCUGUGAGCUCACUCUUUAUUUUGGGAUAUCUUCGUCUCCAUAAUGCCAUAAUGGAUGUGCAACUAAAACAAUUACAUAGCAGACAGUUGCAUAUUAUGAAAAGGUCAGACUGUUGAAGAGGUUAUACUAACAGGCUCAUUGUUUCAUAGUUCAGAUAUGACAGAUAGUGAAUACUAAGUAGAUCGCUGGGCUAAGGAUUCUGUUUCUAGACAAUCAGGGAAACCCCAUAUUUCCUGUGAUGUGUCAUUGUCCAGUCAAUCACAGAGGAAAUCAGGGUGAAAAUGUCUCCAAUACUAUGUUAAGGGCUGGAGAGAGUUAGAGGAUUUACCAUUGGGGUUAAAAGUUUAUAUAACAGAUUUCCGAGAAAUAAACUCCCACUCUCAUUUCUCUGUUUAUCUAUUUCAGUGUAUAUUAACUUCUUUUUUUAUUGUUACUAAACAAAGUGAAAUUACUCAUGACAAUUUUAAUGCUGAUACAAAUGUUUUAGUUUAUUUUAAAUCCAAGCAUGCUUUGAAGAAGCACCAGUAAAUCCACUCAUCCUUCUAAAAAUAAAUUUUGUGCAAAGCGGGGUAUUUGCGGAGGAUAGCAAGAGUCGUAAUGGGAAAAAUUUUAGCAAGAAAAGUCAAAUCAUGAAGGUUAUGUUACAAAAAAGGUCACGUAUUUACAAGACAUUUUACUGUAUGUAUUAACUGUUAAUACCACACAUAGUUUGAUUAAUUCACCACCCUUUUAUUUCGGUCAUUUUUAUUAUUAAUCUUUUCAAUAUUUUGUAAUUUUGCCGUUUCUCUAAUUAUAUUUUAUGCAGCAGGAUUUAGAAUAUAUACACAACUAUUAACUAUAAGUUGAUCUGUAAGGAAAUUCCUAACACUUAAUCCUUACAUACAUUUAUAUGACACAAAUAGAAUUCACAACUACAAUUCAAUCUUUAGAUCUCUUAUAAUGAUAUGAUAGAGGCUUUGUAAUGUGGCAACUAUAGCUUUUUUUCAGUAUUACAUAUUUUUUUGUGGUUCAAAUAAACUGUAAGCUCGUUUGUGCAGGGUCCUCUUCAACCUUUCGUUCCUGUAAGUUUUCUUGUAAUUGUCCUAUUUAUAAUUAAUCCCCCCUCUCAUAAUAUUGUAAAACGCUACGCUUCUUGCAGAACCAUAAAUAUUAUUUUGGUGUGUGGAGUGAUCCUUUAAGUUAUCAUCUGAUUUUUGUACCACUUGCACACUCUGCACACUUACAUAUUAUUAAGUGUUCUUGCAUAGCAAGACCACUUAAUGUUAUCUCACAUAUAUAUUAUUAUUCUUAUUAUAGCCAAAUUUACCACCCUAACUCCUCCCACAGUUUUUACACUACAUAGACAGUAAUAUACCGAAACGUGCGGAUUGUUCCCGAUUGGUGUGCUAUUACUUUGUGGAACGUUUCGCCGAAUGGUUCACGGAAUAUUGCGUUCUUGUGGCGAAAUUGGUCCCAUAGGAAUGAAUGGCAAAAUGUUCAAAACUAGAGUGGAAGCUGGCAAAAGCUGAAAAAUCAGGACAUGAUUUCUAAACUGCCACCACUCCCUCAUUUUCAAGACCACCUACACAAAUCUUAUAUCAAAACGUUCAGCUAUCCCUGCUGCCACUAAAAAUGUCCACGGCUAAGCCAUAGUCCUGAUAGUUUUCACAAUAUGACCAUUUGUUUGCAACUCACCCCGUCCAUUGACAUUCAUUGAAACUCCACUCUAGCCAGCUCAAAUUUGAAGGGCAAUUUCUUAACUGCAACUGUGCCUUCAUUGUUAAUAUUUCAGAGAUAUACUAUGCAUCAAAAUGUAGGUCUGGGUCUUGUGAUUCUCACAAUAUAAAGCUCUUCGCUGUAGGAUUUAUACUUUUAAAAAUACGACCGUUUGAAAAUGGCAACCGCCAAAAUACUCUGACCUGUGCCAGGCUGGAGCAGCAAGUGAUGUCAUAGACAGGGCCUUUUGUUUUUAUAAAUGUAUGUUUUAAUGUAACUGUGAAGCACUUUGGGCAACAACGUUGCAAUUAAAUGUGCUAUAUAAAUAAAUAAAAGUUGAAAUGCAUUUGUCACUCUAUCAAGCUUGCCAUGUGCACUUUUUAAAUUUGAUCAAUCAAUUGGUUAUUGUAAUGUUUACUAUCUUUACUCACUCCGAACACUCCACACAGUUACUCUGCCCAGUCCAACCUUUCCACAGUUACUCCAGCCACUCCAACCACACAACAGUUACUCAAGCCACUCCACCCAGUUACUCUGCCCACUCCAGUUGUAGACUACUGGUGGAGGCAAGAACACUUCACACAAUUUCCCCAGAAAUUGUAGCUUUUCUAGUUGCAAUGUACUUUUGUGAUUCCAAACUACCUUCCAGCAUACAACUUUAUUUGUGGUCAAAAUUCCCUAUGGUCUUAAUGAAAGGUUAGAAAAUAUAGCUUUAAAUGUGAGAUUCCAUAGAACUUGCCUAAAACAAUUAAACUAAAGGAAUUCUAGCUAAAGGGUUAUAACAGGAAUGUGAUAAAGUUAUCUCUUUUGACAAGUAUGAUAAUAAUAAAUGUUUUCAUGGUCCAGAAGGUUCAUUAUAAACAGUGCUACUGCUAGUUAAAAAUGAUACAUUUAGGGUGAAUACUCUGCUGAGUCCCAGUCCAGGGGAGCCAUCGAGGAGACACACAACAAAGACAAGAAACACAUCCCUGCACAGGGCAUAGACUGA